GUUACCGCAAGGUAGAUCAGCCUGCAGGGAGGGCCGGUCACCUUGGAGAGGGCGGGAGGCGAGGUUUCAGGCAGGUAAGGCUGGCUGCCGGUGUUCUUACUGGGCUGGGAGAGGGGGAGUAAGGCGGGGGACAGGCUGUUUGUCGCCCUGUUGACUCAUACCGUGCUGGCUGUGCAGGGAUUGCUAGAGAUGGGUUUAGACGGACUGAGCAUCAUGGGAAAUGUAGUCCAGAAAGCUUAAUGCUUAAUUGAGACAUGAAAAGGAACUCUCGCCCAACCUCCCAAAACAAAAUAUAUUUUCUCUCUUUAAAUUGUUCUUUCCUUCAAUCCCCUGCCCUGCAUCUGCUCACAGAGCUGGUAGAGAUGUAACAUGGUGUAUAACCAGUGACCAUGUGAAUGCAGCCUGUAAGCAUUGUUGGCUGGCACAGCCUGUGUUGUACAUGUUAUUUUUCUAGUAAACCUUUACAGUUCCUGGGACCUUUAUACAGAUUACAAUUUACUGCUGUCAACAGACAGGUGAGACAAAAUGUUCUUUUCGUAGAAGUGACACCUCCCGUUCCAUCGGUGCCUGCAUCAGGCUCGGAAAAACGUCUUUUACCAUUAGGUUGCUACUUGAUGCGGAAAGCAAAAGACUUAAAAUGAUUUAUUCCGGUACUGUUAAAUUGAUAAGUCAUUGUUACGCUACUUGGGUGAUUUGGCUUGGAACUCAACUGCAGCUUGUAAUUACAAUAGUGAAGAAACUGAGAAUCUUUAAAGUAUCAACACUGUAGCUUUAAGAAAAGAGAGAAUUGCUGGUAACUUGAUUCAACCGAAGUUUUAAUAAGUGUUAAACUUAAAUGAAUUGCAUUUAGGCAAUAAUCCAAUAAGAAGAAGUGCAAGUAAUCAACAACACAAAGUUCAUUAAUAAGUAUUUCCUCAAAGAUGCAUUAAGUAACAUUCUUUAGGUAAAUGAGAAUAAUCUUUCAAUAGUAACUUUAAGCAAGUAGCUGAGAAUCUUUGCAAAGCAGGAACUGUUCAUAGUUAAUAAGCAUGAUGGGAGUUGUCCUCCAUAUAAUUAGUAGCUUGAAGCACUGAGUGUAUUUGCAAAGCAAGAAACAGUUCAUUGUGAUUAAGCAUGAUGGGAGUUGUCCUCCAUAUAAUUAGUAGCUUGAAGCAGUGAAGAUUUGAGUAAGCAAGCAUUAGUUCAUCAUAUUAAAUGAUAUUGUAGACAAAUAGCUGAAAUAUACUUAAGGUUAAUGUGAGUAAUCCUCCAAUAGUUCAGAGGUAUGGUCCACUUGUAAGGAAGUGAGUUUCUGCUCUCCAGUAAUCCUCUAUGGCACGAAGUAUACUUUUCUUAGCCCAGAAGGAUAGGACGACAUCAGAGCUUGUAGAGCCGGCGUGUCCCAGGAGCCGGCGUGCAUACUCGGAAGUAGGAACCACAUUGCCAGAGCCUGUGGAGAGGUAAGUCUGGUGGACGUAGCUCCCAGUAUCACCAAGCCCCCUCUCUCUGGCGCGGUCUCCCUAAAUACCGUCAGAGCUACGUCAGAGGGGGGCGGGGUCCGGCUCCGCACAGCGGAGUGCCGAACCCGGAAGUAUUACCGCAUGACAGUCAUAACCUAAAUAUGGAAUUUAUUCCCAAAACAAUUUAUUGGGUAAAACUCCUUUGUGCCUUCCUUUUCCUAUAUUCCAUGGGUACUGUCUGCAUGGGGAACACAGCCAGUAGUCAUUGGGUCAUGAUUAUUUUAAGUCAGAUUAUGGGUGAAAUUCAUCAUAUAUACUUUUUUCAAAACUGAUCAUUGGAAAAAAUUGAAGAUGAUGCUAGCUUUAGUGUACUAAUAAUCUUAAUUUUUUUUUUAUUAAGGACAUAAGGAGAUUGUUUUGCAUAUCUUUCUUUACUUAACUCUAUAGCAGCAAAGAAACAUAGAAAAAAAAACAAGAACCAAUCAGAAACAAUUAAUGUAUAUAGGAGGCACAGUGACCCCAAGCACCUCCUCUUUCUUUAUGCAACAUCACAGGCAAAACAUAUAAAACAGAAAACAUAAGUCAACAUCCUGCAGAACGAGGAUUCCAAUCAAACUAGAACAGAAAACACGUCCCCAGAAACAAGUCAAACUGAAGAGAAAAUGUGUACAAGGUUUAAUCAUAUGGAAAUAACCUUAUGAAAUAAUGAAACAACGCCAGCGCUCAAUGAAUUUCAAGUAUACAUACAUCAUAGUACAAUCUAAGCAAUACUACAUGGAUAACUAAAACACACAAAAUCAGCACACUAAAAUACUAAAAACAAAUUAGGAAGUCACAAUAAAUACACCCAACAAACAAAUUACACCCCUCGUGACAACAAACAAUAAAAAAACAAAAAAGGGAAGAAAAAUACUCACCUCCUGUCAUUACAAGAAUUAAGAUUAUGAGUACACUAUAGCUAGCAUAAUCUUCAAUUUCACAACAUGAUAGGAGGCUUCAUAUUUUGUAUUUUUAACGCUGUGAGAGAAGAGAAAAAGCGGCAUAGAAGUGGACAGAAAUUUAAAGUCUGAAAAAUAUAUAAUUUUGAGUCCAAUCCGCCACACGUAAAAUAUCCGCAAACGCCCACCGUUAGAGCAGAAUAAGACGCCGUCCGCUGAAUGUAAUGUGCACUGAAUAGUGAGAGAAAGUUCAGGACUGAGGAAACGGACCAUAAAUGGAUCCACACACCAAUACGUUCAUGAAUUCCAACCAGAUAGGUAACACUGUCUUGUACUGGGGCCCAGGAGUCCCAGAUAAGGUCACUAGGAGCCUGUGAUCGUGCACUGACUUGCCAGGAAUCUCGGAAUGAGUCCAAGCCACCAGUGAAAGCCGAUCUUCUAGGAGCAAUGGGUGAAGGUUCCCCUUCUGGUCCUGUGAGGAACAUCUGGUAUGACAAGGGGUAUGGACAAUUUCAGAAGAUCUGGGAAUCAAGGCUGGCUCUGCUACAGAUAGCAACCAGGGUUAUCAUUACCUGUUGAAAUAAACAUGAUAAAAGACCUUCAAGAUUAUCGCAAAGGGGGGAAAAGUGUAGGCUCUGUGGCCAAGUUUGAAGAAAUGUAUCAGCAGCUAUGCACUUCAGAUCUCAUAGCCAGCUGAAGAUGUCCAGAUUUUGGUGAUUGUUGCGAGAAGCAAAACGUUCCAAAGGGAAGAGGCACCUCCAGGAUGUGAAGGCAGCUAACACCAGUGGGUCCAGCUUCCAGUCACUGUCUUCCCUUCAAUGUCAAGACAAUCAAUCUUCCGUGAGGUUGGUCUCCCCCGGCAGAUAUUCCAUCUUUAACAAUAUGUUGCAGGGUAGACAAAAAUCUAAAUCUCCUUUGUUAAAUCUGACAGACCGUGGGAACAAGCGCCCCCGAGGUGAUUGAUAUAACACAGUGCAGAUUAAUUGUCCGUCUGGAGCAGAAUGCAACAGUUGCACCUCACCUUUGCAAAACUGGAGAUGGCGAACGAUCCUGCCAGGAGCUCCAAGCAUUUGAUGUGCAUAAAUAGCUCUUAAACCAUCCACACGUCUCCUGUGGACAGACCUCCGUCAGUCAUGCCUGAGCUCCAAAGUCUGGCAUUGCCACAUAUGGCCCAGCUGUUUUUAGAUCUGCAUGCUGCCCAGCCACCACCGCAGUUCCAUCUGCACCUUGUUUGUCAUUGGGACCAGUGGGCCGUAAGUGGGAUUCUUCCUGAAGAACUUGGCCUUCAGUCACCGCAUAGCCCGGUAGUGUAAUGGACCCUGGAAGAUCACCUGAAUUGAGUAAGACAACAGCAUCAUGAUCUCUGCGAGCAUGCAGAGUGGGAUGAAGUUGUGAUGGGGAACUCUGCAAAACUUCUUGGAAAUAGAUGAGACCUCCAAGGCACACAAUGUUGAAUCGAUCUCAAAAUCCAGGAACUGAACCAGAUGACCAACACGGUUUCAGACCGAUUCACUACCCAACCCAGAGAUUCAAGAAGAUUCAUGAUAUAUUGGGUAUGGUCCCUCACUCCUGUCUGAACAGAAGAUCAGGAUGUCGUCCAGCUAAAUUAUGUAGCGGACCCUAUUGGCCUGCAGAUGGGCUACCAUUAGCUUCAGAAUGGUCGUCGCCGUCCUGCAGGUUGAUCGUUGGUGGGCUAAUAACCCAUUUACCUCCGGCCCAGAACAUAUUGGUGAAGAAGCCUCCAUCCCCCGAAGCAAAUUUAGAUGGCGCUCUUUAGCCGUAAUUACUGGAGCUCCUGGUCAAUAAGACGUAAAAGUUAGUGAGGCGAACACAGUAACCCGUGUAGAUGGGAUUUACAGGCCCCCUGGACAAAUAGAAGAGUUAGUUGAGGAAACAGCUAAAAUGACAAUGAAGGGCGAAGUUAUUAUAAUGGGUGACUUUAAUCUUCCGGAUGUGAACUGGAAAAACAAAACAGCUGCUUGUGCCAGGAGCACACAUAUUCUAAACUCUCUACUGGGAUUAUCUCUAAAACAAAUCCUUGAGGAACGAACUCGUAAGGAAGCCAAACUAGAUUUAGUGUUAACAAAUGGAGCUUUAGUAUCGGAUAUUACUGCAGGUGAAUGUUUAGGAUCCAGUGAUCAUCAGUCAGUGUGGUUUAAUAUAAGAACAGUGACUGAGUCACACCACACAAAAACAAAAGUUUUAGACUUUAGAAAAACAGACUUUUCUAAAAUGAGAAUAUGCGUAAAGGAGUCCUUGUUAGACUGGAGCAGUUUAAACGGAGUCCAGGAGAAAUGGGAUUAUUUAAGAAUUGCACUACUGAAAGUAACAGAAAAUUCCAUUAGGCUUGUCAGGAAGAGCAGAAAAAUUAAGAAACCACUGUGGUACUCCGCAGAAGUGGCCAAAAUAGUAAAAAAACUAAAAGGGACACUAUAGUCACCUGAACAACUACAGCUUAAUGUAGUUGUUCAGGUGAGAUCUAUAGCUCCCUGUAGGCAAUCUAAUGUAAACACUGUAUUUUCAGAGAAAAUACAAUGUUUACAUUGAUAGGAAUACCUCCAGUGGCUGUCACUCAGACGGCCACCAGAGGGACUUCCUAUCAUGUAGGAAAUGGAAGCGUCUUAUUGCUCCCUGCUCGCUCCCGCCUAUUUCGUCAUUUUGACGAAAUAGGGGGCGCGGCUUCACGAGGCUCCCGGCGCUGGAACCAGGUGAGUAAAAAGGGUUGGCUGGAGAGUCCCUUAAAAGUUAGCAUUUAGUAAUUAUAAAAAAAAAAAAGUGUGAGGAAGACAGACAGAUCUAUAGAAUUAGGCAGAAAGAAGCCAAGCAAGUUAUAAGAGCCUCAAUAGCACAGUCGGUGAAAAAGGGGGAUAAAACAUUUUUUUUAGAUACAUAAAUGAGAAAAGGAAAGUAAAACAAGGAUUAGUUAGAUUAAAACCAAAAGAAGGAAGGUAUGUAGAAGAGGAUAAAUGUCUAGCUGACUGCCUCAAUUAAUAUUUUUGUUCGGUAUUUACAGAUGAAAAUGAAGGAGAGGGACUUCAGUUAAGAAAAAGGACAAAUGGGUCACUUGUUACAUGUGAGUUUACAGAGGAAGAGGUUCUAUUUCAACUGUCAAAAGUAAAGACAAAUAAGUCGAUGGGGCGUGAUGCGAUACACCCAAAGUUAUUAAAAGAACUUAGUGGUGUACUAGCAAAACCAUUAACAAAUUUAUUUAACCAAUCAUUGUUAACAAGAGUAGUCCCAGAAGAUUGAAAAUUAGCGAAUGUUGUAUCCAUUCACAAGAAAGGUAGUAGGGAGGAGUCGGGCAACUAUAGGCCAGUAAGCUUUACUUCAGUAGUUGGGAAAGUGAUGUAAACCAUGUUACAGGAUAGGAUUGUUGAACAUCUAAAAUCACAUGGAUUUCAAGAUCAGAGACAACAUGGGUUUACUUCAGGGAGAUCAUGCCAAACUAAUCUUAUUGAUUUUUUUUUUUUUUUUUGAUUGGGUAACUAAAAUUAUAGAUCAGGGUGAUAUAGUAGACAUUGCUUACCUAGAUUUCAGUAAGGCUUUUGACACUGUUCCACAUAGAAGGCUCAUCAAUAAACUGCAAUCUUUAAGUUUGGAUUCCAAUAUUGUUGAAUGGGUAAGGCAGUGGCUAAAUGACAGGCAACAGAGGGUUGUAGUCAACAGAGUAUAUUCAAAGCAAGGUCUUGUUACCAGUGGGGUACCUCAGGGAUCUGUACUUGUACCCAUUCUCUUUUUAAUAUUUUUAUUAGUGAUAUUGCAGAAGGUAAGGUAUGUCUAAAAUUUGCAACAGGAUUGAUGUUCCAGGAGAGAUAAGCCAAAUGGCAAAAGAUUUAGACAAAUUAGAAAAAUGGUCAGAGCUGUGGCAACUGACAUUUAAUGUGGAUAAGUGCAAGAUAAUGCAUCUUGGACGUAAAAACCCAAAGGCAGAGUAUAGAAUAUGUUAUACCCUACUAACCUCAACAUCUGAGGAAAGGGAUUUAGAAGUAAUUAUUUCAGAUGACUUAAGGGCAGGAAGACAAUGUAAUAGAGCAGCAGGAAAUGCUAGCAGAAUGCUUGGUUGUAUAGGGAGAGGUAUUAGCAGUAGAAAGAGGGAAGUGCUCAUGCCAUUGUAUAGAACACUGGUGAGUAUUGUACGCAGUACUGGAGACCAUAUCUUCAGAAGGAUAUUGAUAACUUUAGAACAAGUUCGGAGAAGGGCUACUAAAAUGGUUCAUGGAUUGCAGGAUAAAACUUACCAGGAAGGGGGGCGGGGCCAGGCAGCCGACCGAGGCAGACGUGCGAAGCCAGAGCUCCUCAGGAAAAAGCUUGAUCCUGAUCAUAACCAGGGGUAUUGACCCCCAAUUUCCGACAACAACUUUGCCCUAACUACUUACCCACGGGAGGCAAGCAGGCUGAAUGAGCCAAAGACAACAGGCUGUGUAAUAACAGCACAGCCAGCGUCCAAGGCCUACAGCGUUGAGGUGGUGGGGACGGCCGCUCCUCCAUCUCACUCGGCUCCUGCUCACCGCUGUGCCCUGAUUCCCCCCCCCUCUGGACCGGUGGGGGAUAUCCCGGUCCCUACUGGUGGACUAACUCACUACAGUGGAACACAAUUGUCAAGAGGAAACAGCGGCAGUAACUGAGCGCCCUAUUCACUGUGACCAACUUUGCAAGAUGGCCGCCGCAAUAUCCAUGGCCUUCCACGAGGCGCGGAUAGAAAAGGCCUUCGAGCGCUUCUGGUCCCAAUUCUGGUCUCUAGUGGGCCAAAGAACAGUGAAGGAGGCGGAGGCAAGCCCACUCCUACAAGCCCAAGAAAUACCCACAAGCCACAGCCUGCUAUGCAGGGCCACGACACUGCCCCGGUAACAAGCAGGAGGAGUAGGAAGAAGCGACAAGUACCUCAAUCAUGGAGAAUCCGCGCUGCCAAAUCUCACCGCCUGCAGGGCUUAACUACUCGACCAGCGCAGGUCCUCUCAGGGGCCAGGGGACGAAAGGGAACCAUACCAACGCAAGGAACUGCAAUCAGGUGCCCGACUCUCCCUAGCGCACGACUCAGGGUAAGGCCUACUCCUGGAACUCACAGAAAGGCCACAACGGCCACUCUGCAUCUCCCCACACAGAACACUCACUUGCAACAUCCCGCAGGCCCAACCGGACUUCACACAUGCCUCCUCCGCCCACGCACUGUUCGACUCUCACCCUGGCAAGAAGGUCAGAUCGGUACAUUGCAAGCCUGGAAGCGGACUGUUCAGGGGAUAGGCUGAAGUUCGGGCGGAGUGGGACUCUGUGGGACUUGUAAUAUCAGACUGGCUACUUCCAAUACUCCCACACUCACAGAGGGCAACCAUCCACUCCGAGAUAGAUAUCACCCCGAGGGCAGAAUGUAUUUUCUUUUUGUUUACCUUCUUAACGUAUGUUAUUCCUCACCAAUUUGAGUGUGUGCAAGUCAAACCAUCAGGCAAGGUUUACCUACCAGCUGAUCAUAAAUCCUAUAAACCUUAGAUAGCCAUAUCAGUUUAUUUGGCCCAUGAAACUUACCACGUACCCCAGCUAAUACCUAUUAACAGGUGUAGACACUCUCACCGCCCAUGCUGUAGCUUAGCCCUUUGAUAUACACUUUGGGCAAUGCCUCACACUUGCCCGACCUUUAACUCAAUGAGACAUCGAUUAACCCAUCAUCGCUACACUGAUCUGGUGAUGCAAACUAAUGCCCCUACCCUGGGCACUACCAAUACGACACUAGAUAAUUAAACCUAACAUACUAUUCACCACAUCUUGCAAGCAUAGCUCUGUAUAUCAUUUUAAAUUGCUGAGAACCAUAAAUGAACGCGUUGGCCUAGCCUGAUAAAAAUACAUUUAAAAAUGUGUCAUAAGAAAUGCCAGUUAGUUUUUUUAUGCCUAAUGCUGACGAUGAUAUAGUCUGCCCUGCUUUGCCUGGUGGUAUAUUCCUUUACUUUACUUUUACACUUAAUUUGGUUAAGCUUGGUACUUUACUAUUUUCUAACAUGUCAGUAAGUUAAUCUGUAUUUAAGCCUGUACUCAUAACCUUACCUGACACACAAGACUAAAGCUCAUAAAAGCGUAACUUAGCAUACAAACUACAAUUUAACAUUUAAAAAUGUGCCAAUAUCUCCAUGUCACUAAUGUACAAACGCUGUGUUUACAUCUCCUAACUCCGCCAUUGUGACAUAGUAAAUCUCAAGCAACGCUCACCCACUGUUUAUAUUUUCUCUUCCAAAACUAAAAAUGUGCUGUAUACUCAUAUACCACGUUAUGUUUCAACUGUCUGUUAUAUUACUGCUUGUGACUGCUAUUGUGGCUGCACAUGCCUAUUGUUAUACCAUGCACACCAAAAAUAAAUAAUAAAAAAAAAAAAAAAAAACUUACCAGGAAAGGUUAAAGGAUUUUGACAUGUAUAGCUUGGAAGAAAGACGAGACAGGGGGAUAUAAUAGAAACAUUUAAAUACAUAAAGGAAAUCAACAAAGUAAAGGAUGAGACUAUAUUUUAAAGAAGAAAAACUACCACAACAAGAGGACAUAGUCUUAAAUUAGAGGGGCAAAGGUUUACAAAUAAUUUCAGGAAGUAUUACUUUACAGAGAGGGUAGUGGAUGCAUGGAAUAGCCUUCCAGCUGAAGUGGAAGAGAUUAACACUGUGAGGGAGUUUAAGCAUGCGUGGGAUAGGCAUAAGGCUAUCCUAGACUUAAGAUAAGGAAAGGGACUAAUUAAAAGUAUUUCGAAAACUAGGCAGACUAGAUGGGCCGAAUGAUUCUUAUCUGCUGUCACAUUCUAUAUUUCUAUGUCAGCUGACACAUAACAGGUCAGGGGUGGCUGCCACUGGACAGGGACGUCCUCAAAUUCUAUCACAUAUAGCCCUGGAGGCUUUCUUCAUGGAAGAUUGCGCCUUGUUCUGGGACACUUCCCGAAGAGCUUGCCUUGUGCCUGAGGGACAAGUUCUUUAUCGCCUAUGUGGAAGAGGCUGCUUUGCAUUUCAUCAAAGAGAGUGCUAUAUUGGUUACCAAGGAAACAGAAGCACCUUUGUGCCCACUCUUUAAUGUUGUGUUCCCAUUCGCGCACCAUUCCCACAUCAAAUAACUGAACUUGAGAAUAGGCAUCAUGUGCCAGACAUCUGCGUGCUAGGGGCCCAACAGCAACCAGGAACUUGUCCUUUGCACCUUUUGAAAUCUCUUUCAACCCCUUUAUAUGGGUCUCUGCCUCCACAGGCCAUGAAAGACUACAUAAGCUGAUCAAAUUCUGACGUCAGGGCAAUGAAGGCCGCAGACAUUCAGACCGCAAGGGGUUGUGGACCUUCUUCUCCAAUGGCUUCCACAGCCACACGUGCAUAAAUUUAGAGAGGCUGGGCAGGCGAUAUCCAAUCCCCAGAGCAAAGGUGACAUAUGUUGCAGCGGUUGAACAUGCGUUGGCCUUAGUAGCUAGAAUGACUUUCACGUUCACCUGGGAAGGCUUCUUCCGGACCAUCCCCACCCUCCAGCACCUGGGACUCACGCAGGAAAUUUUCUUUCACAAACCCGGAGUCCGACCUCAUGGUGGAACCCCAAGUGUCAUCAUCCGAUCCAGAGGCAUCUGCUUGCCAUUCAUCAAGUAUUGAUAGUGACUGGGGUAGGUAAUUGUCCUCGUCCCAGGAAUGAUCGUGUAGCAGGAGUGGAGCAGGUGGUGCCACCUGUAGCUUGCCACAUUUGAGGGCUUUUUGCCUUGGAUGAUUUAUACUGAGGUGUUUAUGGGGCGUGAACUCUCUGUAGUAGGAGGUAGUCAUCGUAUUCAGCCCUAUAGUGGGCACACUAGGUAAUAGAGCUCACCGGGAAAACCUUGGAAAGCGCCUUUUCUACUGACGCAGCCGCUGCUGCAUUGAUCAUGGCCUGGAUAUCUGCUGCAGUUUUUUGGGGAGUCCUACAUAUGGAAUCACAAUCACAGGCCACUGGGGCUCACCCAAUGUAUAAAGUACCACAAGGGCAAUUUAAUUUAGGCAGACAGACCACAGCAAAACCUAUUAGGCACUAAGGGCAGUGGCUGGUGUGUGACCAGGUGAUAUUGGCAAAAGCAUACAGAUUUGCAGUAUAAAAUCAGGCACAGUAAGUACAGUCCGUAAAUCAAAAGUGGUCAAACUAUUGGGGCUCACCCAGUAUAGGAGAUAGCAACAGCAGACUCCCAUCAGCAGCACAAUUACAUAAAGGCAUAAGGGGGGCCACCCCAUAAACCGGUAGGGCUUGGAGCACCUACCACGCAAGUAAAACCUCCAGGGACACUGACUAUAAAUUCGGUCCCCACACCCAGGCAGGUAGAAUUAAUUGUAAAAAGGUAUAAACUUGUAGAAUCCAUGGAAUGCUUCACAAAUUUUGCAUGUCAUCCUUGCGCAGGGGCCAUGCUAAUCUUCUUUAUAUUGUUCCAAUUUUAUGAUGUGCUGCUAAAGCGAGAACAGCAGGAGCAGUGAUGCAGGCAGGCACUGUGUGAAGAAGCGGUCAGCCCCUAAUCACGGCACUUGCUACCAUGCGAGUAUGCCAAUAUGGCUGCCUGGGACCUCGUGAAAUGUGAGAUCCAAGAUGGCCACCGAAACCCACCAACGAGUACCGAAGAGUCAAGGACUGGCAUGUGGCUCAGUAAUAACACUGCCUAGCCCACCAGGAAGGGGGGAAACAAAUAACACAACCCAGAGGGAAAUAAAUACACCAGAGCCCGCCGGAAACAUCGGCUCAUCGGAACAUAAGUGAGAGUGUGUGGGGCAGGCUUAGCCUGUCAGUGAUGAGGGGAAAAACAGUAAUGGUGAAUAAGGCACAGUGUGCAGACAGGACCUGCCAGAGAAAGGGGAAAACAGUAAUGGGGCAGGGAGAGCCUGCCAGCAAACUGACAAAGAAAGCCCAGUGUGCUGACAGAGCCUGCCAGAUAAAGGGUAAACCGUUAUGGGGCAGGCAAAGCCUGCAAGGAAAUUGACAAAGAAGGCCCAGUGUGCCAGUACAGGGACAAAUAGUGCCUAGUCGUGUGCAGGCAAGAGAAAGUAGAAAUAAAGAAAUGGGGCAGCCAGGAAUAGGGGAACAAUUAAAACACAGUAGUGUAAAAAAGUAAAACAGGAAGAAUAAAAUAAGCAUCAGUCGCAAUCCAGCAAACUGACACAAUAAUACAAUAUAGAAAGACAGUGAAGAGAGCAGAAACUCUCACCUGUCCUUGUCAUGGAGCAGUAAAGAAAGAGGAGGUGCUUUGGUUCACUGUGUCUCAUGUAUACAUUACUUUUUUAUGAAUGGGUCUUGGUUUUUUUCUAGGUUUCUUUGCUGCUAUGGAGUUUAGUAAAGAAAGUUUUUAGUAAAGAAAGAUAAAAUCAAAUAUGAAGCCUCCUGUUAUGUUGUAAAAUUAAUUGUAACUAAAUUUGUUGUAUGCAAAUUGCGACUGAAUAAUUUGGGAAUGAAAUGGCCCUAAUAUAUAAAGUAAGCUAUUAAUGUGAACAGUGUUAAAGUAAAGCAGUCUGCAGUAACUAAUGGCCUAUUCCUUAACCAUAUACACAUUCUGCCUUCACGCACAGCCAAAUAUUGCUAUGCACAGGAGUGGAUUAAAAGAUUAAAGAGACACUAUAGUCAACAGAACAACUACAGCUUUCGUACUUAUUCUGCUGAUUAUUUCAUUCAGGCUUUUUACAGUAAACACUGACUUUUCAGAGAAAAGGCAGGGUUUACAUUACAGCCUAGGGAUACCUUAGUGGCCACUACUCAGAUGACUGCUAGAGGUGCUUCCUGGGGAAGUGCAGCACUAACAUGAAGUGUUUCUGCCCUCUGCAUGGAGACACUGAACUUUCUUCAUAGAGAUGCAUCUGUAUGAGGAGAUGCUGAUUGGCCAGGGUGGUGUUUGGCUCUGCCCCCUGCCUCACCUCCUUGGCAAUUUCAGCCAAUCCAAUGCUUUUCUAUGUGAAAGCAUUGUGAUUGGCUCAGAUCAUCACUUCUGAUUAUGUCAGCCAAGGAUAAUUGCAAAUUAAAUAAGGUAGGCACACGGAAUAUGAAAUAUAUGCAAGCUCCCAAGUGGAGCUCUAUGAAAAUACGAUAUGGGGUGCUCACUCACAUAAGGCUUUAUCCCCAAAAGCCCAAAUACAUGUAAAUAACAAUAGAGAAAGGAACACACCCAUCAAUAAUAAUAAUAAAACAAUCUUUAUUAAGUGGGUAUACUCUAUAAGAAUAUCACAUAAUAUAAAGAUCCAAAAUAUAGGAUCAUGUCACGCUAUACAGCAAUGAUCAGAAAAAUUCUGAAUAUAUAUGUAUAAACGCCAAAAGCGUCUUAUAUGAAUAACAUAGUCUCAAUAUACAAAAAUAAAGAAAUAAAAUACCAGUCUAAUCCAACCCCACAAACAUAGAUAUAAAUAUACAAAAGUAUAUAGCAAUAAGCAUACCAGACCUAGUGAGAAGCAAGGACAGAGUCAGUCACCAAAACACCCCCUACGUUUCGGCGAAAAUGCCUUUAUCAAGGGAGCAUGUUGAGAGAAACUAAAUCCUGUUCUUAUAUACCCAAUAUAAAACACAAACCUGGAAAACACCUGAAAAAAAUGGGUGGCCACCCAUGAUGACUGGGAUCCUCCCAACCAUGAUAUACCUGUUCAUGGUUGUCAAGGGAACCAGAAAGCCCUGACCCAUAUACAUGUAUACAUAUCAAAAUGCAGAUUUACAAGUAGAAUACAUAAACAAAAAUACUUGAUAUAAAGAUACAAAAUCAACAUGAAACAUGCAGGCAAGAUAUUAAGUGUACAUGUAGUGGACAUAUUAGUAGAAACAUAUUAUAAUAUAAAUAAGAAUAUGAAUAUUACAUCAGUAUUAAUAUAAAGAUAUAAAGAUCAACUGUCCCAAGUGGUAUGGCAGUUUGAAAAAAUAAAAACAUAAAAAAGAAACAAUCAAAAGUAAAUGUCACAAAAUACCUGGUGCAGAGAUUUGAUCUACAAGCUUAUACUGAUACAAAGAGGAAUAAAAAUAUAGACCGGAGGCGUGAGCAGCAUCAGGCGCUUCAAAAUCGCCAAACCCGGAAGUAAGCUAAAUCUGGUGGAACGCACAUGCGUUCCAAUAUAGAAAUAUGCCUGAUCGCAUGCUAUGCGCAAUCAGUCGGCACCUCGCGAAACCCCAAACCAGGAAGCGCUCCAGAUACAUGCUAGAUCCCUUACCCUAUAUGCACUCUUAAUCCUCUAUACACACACAAUCUCCUAUACACACUCUGGGUUCUUUACACACUAGAUCUCCUACACACACACACUGCACCACCUACACACACACACACACUACAUUCCUUGUCAGCAAACACAUACAACAUUCUCUAAACACACCCUCUCUACAACCCCUACACACACUACAUCACCUAUACACACACACUACAGCCCGUAUACACACACUCGCUAGAUACCCUAUAACACUAUGCCCCCUAUACACACUCUCUACAGCCCCUAGUCACACAUAUUACACCACAAACACAAAUGAAAUUGACCUAUUUACACAAUACCACACCACACUCUACACAUACGCAAUCCCACAAUCAGGCUCCAAACAUAUGCACCAUACACUUUCCUGGCCCUUUUGUCCUCUGGUAUCCCACUUGUGGAGACACCAGAGACAAUUUAAAAGCAAACACAGGGCAAGCAUGUUAUUAUAUUUGCUUGCGCUGCGCAGAACAAAUACAGGGCCUUUUUCUAAUGCCAGAGUUCUUCAGCGAGGCUCUGCGCAUUGAACCAACAUGCUCACUUUGAGAGGGGGCGUGCUUGUAAUUAGUGAUGACAAAACACACCCUCUCUGGCCCCGCCCCCUUCUUAGGGGGCCUCUUUGAUUGAAAAAUGCCCGGGCCUAAUUUUUUUUCCCAGUCCGGCCCUGAUGGUAUGCCAUCAUGGGGGUAAUUCUCAUUCCUGGGCUAUCAUUCCUGGGUAACCAACCUGGCCUUUUUCAAUGUAAAAAUAUUUGACAUAUAUUUGACCCUAUAAUUUUCAAAAACGCUAUAAAAACCUGUACAUGGGUGGUACUGUUAUACUCGGGAUACUUUGCUGAACACAAAUAUUAGUGUUUCAAAACAGGAAAACGUAUCACAACAAUUAUAUCAUCAGUAAAAGUGCUAUUUGUGUGUGAAAAAUGCAAAAAAAAGUCCCUUUCACUGACUAUCAUCACUGUGAUAUGUUUUACUGUUUUGAAUCACUCAUAUUUAUGUUCAGCGAAGUCUCCCGAGUAAAACAGUACCCCCCAUGUACAGGUUUUAGGGUGUCAUAGAAAGUUACAGGGUAAGAUAUGGUGCUAGCAAAUUACAUUCUCUGGACUUUCGGCCUGGGUUGGCAGGCAGGUCCCUCAAAUUGCAAUCAAUAAAAUUACUUAAUUAUGUAAAAAUAUUACAUAAAUACGCACGUUGAAUUUAAAUAUAUAUGUAUAUUUAUAUAUUUGAAGUCUACGUGUAUAUUUAUAUAAUUAUUUAUGUAAUUUUAUAUAUGGACAUAUGUAUAUUUCGUAUUAUUUUUAUUUAUAUAUACAUAAAUAUAUAUAUAAUUUCAUUCUAAGUGUAUUUUGAUAUAUGAAAGAAACAGCAGUGGUUAGGAAUGGAACAAGUCCAUCCGCCAGGUUGUGAUGGUUGAGAGAUACAAUGGGGCCUAACCCCUAGAAGUGCAAAGAGAAAAUAGGACUAAUGGGUUGCAGAUUAUAAACAAUCUGCCUCCCAAAAAGACCUUGUAUCCUUAUGUGAAAAAAGGUACUCUGCAAUUAUAAAAUAUAAAAGUGGAGCGCAGAGAGCGAAAAACUCUUUAUUAAUCCCUCUUGGGGGAGAAACACACAGAGACUAAACAAACAAGUAAUACAAUUAGGAUCUAAUUGGAUAGAAUCGACUAGUCCAAAAAUAAUAGUAAUAUGGUCAGAAGAAAUGCUAUAAGUGUAUGUGUGGCAGAAUUGCCAUAAAUAGUAGCAAAUAAAUAUGACCAAAAGGGGGGAAGAUACAUUAAAUGUAGCAAACUGAAGAUCUCUAAAUGCAAAAGUAAAUAAACUCUAUAAUUAGAACAAAGAGUAUAUCAAGUGCACAAAAAAUAAGGUUACAUCAUGCUUUUGGGUGGAGCAUUAAACACAUUUAAAAAGAGGCUCCCUUCAGUCUGCAAAUUGCUCUUGAUAAAGGUGACUUGUUUCGCCGGAACGCGCGUUGGGCACUUUACUAAAGCGGAUAAUGAUUUUAAUUUAGGAUUCUAUUUUGUUUUCAGACUGUCCUAUCAUUUAUUUAUUUAUGGUGGGAUUAGAUACUAGUCUAUUACCAGCAUGAUAUUAGGGACUCCUCCCCCCAAAUCUCCUACAGCUGUUUAGGCAGUUUGCUUUAACAUUUAUAUUGCUGGCUACUUAGACUGCAGGCUUUUUUCCUGCAAUGUUGCAAACGUAUUUUGGUAGAUCUUUGUGCACAUAUUUUUUGUGCACUUGAUAUACUCUUUGUUCUAAUUAUAGAGUUUAUUUACUUUUGUAUUUAGAGAUCUUCAGUUUGCUACAUUUAAAGGACCACUAUAGUGCCAGGAAAACAUACUGCUUUUCCUGGCACUAUAGUGCCCUGAGGGUGCCCCACCCUCAGGGACCCCCUCCCGCCCGGCUCUGGAAAGGGGAAAAGGGGUAAAACUUACCUUUUUCCAGCGGGCGGAGAGCUCUCUGCCUCUCCUCCUCCUCCGAUCCUCCUGUGGAAUGCGCACGCUACGUAAGCUGCCACACAUUCAGUUGGUCACAUAGAAAGCAUUCAUAAUGCUUUCCUAUGGAUGCUUCUCACUGUGAAAAUCACAGUGAGAAGCAUAGCGCCUAGUGGCUGUCAAUGAGACAGCCACUAGAGGAUAGGGGAAGGCUUAACCCAUUCAUAAACAUAGCAGUUUCUCUGAAACUGCUAUGUUUAUUAAAAAAUGGGUUAACCCUAGAAGGACCAGGCACCCAGACCACUUCAUUAAGCUGAAGUGGUCUGGGUGCCUAGAGUGGUCCUUUAAUGUAUCUUCCCCCCUUUUGGUCAUAUUUAUUUGCUACUAUUUAUGGCAAUUCUGCCACACAUACACUUAUAGCAUUUCUUCUGACCAUAUUACUAUUAUUUUUGGACUAGUCGAUUCUAUCCAAUUAGAUCCUAAUUUUAUUACUUGUUUGUUUAAUAUCUGUGUGUUUCUCCCCCAAGAGGGAUUAUUAAAGAGUUUUUUGCUCUCUGCGCUCCACUUUUAUAUUUUAUAAUUGCAGAGUAGCUUUUUUCACAUAAGGAUACAAGGUCUUUUUGGGAGGCAGAUUGUUUAUAAUCUGCAACCCAUUAGUCCUAUUUUCUCUUUGUAUUUUGAGAUAUAUAUAUCUCUAUAUCUAUCAAAAUACAGUUAGAAUAAAAUUUCAUAUAGAUAUAUAUUUUUUAAUUUUUUUUAUUUUUACAUGGUUUUAUUUAAUUUAAAUUACUUAUUUGUAUUUUAUAAUAUAUAUAUAUAUAUCUAUCACAAUAGUUUCUGGCACUCAUCUCAUAGCAAAAGCAUUAAUUCAGCAAUGACCAGGUGCCUCUCUGUGCAAAAUAUACAAAUGGAAAAAAUUGAGAGCACUCAUUGGAUUUAGUAGAAAAAAAUAUAUUAAAUCAAACCCAUAUAAAUCAACGUUUCGACCGUCUAGCGGUCUUUAUCAAGAUGCUAUGACAUGUGAAAAUCUCAAAUAUAUACAAUCUCAUGUGUUAAACUUACCCAAUCACCAAGUGCACCCUGUUUGUCCGGUCUGCUCUGUGAAUAGAGCCGCAAACCGAGGACUGUCAAGCAUACUAGCCGAAAAGUGACAUAAAGCACAGCCACCAAGUGUUGCCUAGAAACGGCAAAGUUGUUUUAAAAAAGAAAAAAAUCGGAGUAAAAUUAAAAGCAUGUAUGGAGGAAAAAGAAAUAAAGUCUGAUUACAUGGUCUUAAAUGUAUAUGAGUGUGGAAUGUUAAAGACAGCAGUAUGAAUGAAAAUGAGUUAGCCAAAGGUUAACCAGAACAGGUUAAUGUGUGUAUGCAUGCUGAAUAAAGAGACGAAAAAAAACAAAAAAAAACUGUCAGUAUGCUUGACAGUCCUCGGUUUGCGGCUCUAUUCACAGAGCAGACCGGACAAACAGGGUGCACUUGGUGAUUGGGUAAGUUUAACACAUGAGAUUGUAUAUAUUUGAGAUUUUCACAUGUCAUAGCAUCUUGAUAAAGACCGCUAGACGGUCGAAACGUUGAUUUAUAUGCGUUUGAUUUAAUAUAUUUUUUUCUACUAAAUCCAAUGAGUGCUCUCAAUUUGUUAUAUAUAUAUAUAUAUAUAUAUAUAUAUAUAUAUAUGUAUAUGUAUAUGUGUGUAAUUUAAUUAUAAGUGUAUUUUUAUAUUAAUAUAUGUACAUAUUAAUAUAAAAAUACACUUAGUAUGACAUAUAUACAUCAUAUUUAUAUACACAUAUAAAAAAUUUUUUUUCAAUGUUUCGUAUUUAUUGGUUUUUACCAUGGAAAUGUAAACAGAGGGGUACAGAAAUAAAAAUGGGGUAAGGGUAAGCAGUUACACAUAAGCAGACCACAUUGCCGAGUACAAAUACUUUUGGUACUUUCAUACAUGCUGCGUAAGACAUAUUGUAUGGUUACAUUGUUGUUCGAGCAAUUUGUGAGUCAGCCUCCGAGCGCGGUCGUUGCUCUUAGUGAGGGUCGCAGCGAGACUCCCCCCGAGCCAUGCAGGCCUCCGACUCAGCACGAGAGGGGGGGGGGUACCGCCGCGGCCGGUGCACUGCGCCAACCGCUAGGUCGCCCACCAGUCAGAUUCAUAUCUACAACGCUGCCUGUGUGGGUAGCUGCCGGGAAUGAUUGAGGUGGGAGGGGGGGGUUUAACAACAAGGUGAGGGUGGGGGGGGGAGGUUGAGACGACUCUACACCUUGUUGGGUUUUGUGGUGGUCCGUUUAGUCACUUUUCUCCAGCUACCUCUGCUUAUAUGGGAAUUCAAUUUAGAGGGCUUCCCUGUAUAUCCUUUUUCUCGUACAUCUGGGGUGGGUUGGUCCCUUAUUUCUCUUUUUACUUCGCUAACCUAGAUCGACACAGGCUUUUGUCUCAUUGUCCAGACCAGUUAGACCAGAUCAGGUUGUAUCGUGCUAGGGUGCCCUGGAUCGUAUGCGCUAUUUUCUCAAGGCGUUGCGUGAGAUUUAUCCUGUUAACUACCACUGUUAUUUCCGGAGCUGAGGUUGAUUUCCAGAGGGAAGCUAUACAGUGUUUGGCUGCUAAGGUAACAUGGGUGGUCAGCACCGCCUCCGGAUGGGUCAGUGUUUUGGGAAGCAUGUGUAGGAGGUAGGCCUCCAGAGUGAAUGGUAUCCUUUUCUGUAUACUGCUUUGGAGUAACCUUUGUACCUGCCUCCAGAAAGUGUAUAAUACUGGACAGUGCCAGAAGAUAUGGCUCAAGGUACCCGUCUGUGCGCAGCAGCGCCAGCAAACCUGUUGUGCCCCUGGGUAUAUAAGUGCCAGCCUCCGUGGGGUGAGGUACCACCUCAUCCAGAGUUUGUAGGCCGCCUCAAUAUGAUCUAGGCAGUGUGUGGCUCGUUUCACUAGUGCCAUCGCUGCGGACCAUUUACUACUCUCUAUUGUGCUAUUGAGUUCGGAUUCCCAGUGCAUCAUGUAGCUUAACUUAUCAGUCUUGCCCAUCUCUAGGAAAUUUUGAUAACAUAGAGAGAGUGGUUUUGCUUGGGUCUUUCGUCUAAGGCACAGUGUGUCGAACGAGCCUGGCUCUCUGGUGUCGGGUGCUGCUUGUUUGAUCCCCUGCAUUAUGUGCUUAAUACGAAGGUAGGUGAAGAGUUCCCUACCCGGGAGGAGGAAGGUCCGCUGAAGUAUUGGGAAUUGUCUGAUCUCAUUGCCCUCCAUUAUUUGGGAUACCCUCUCUAUCCCCUGUGCUAUCCACCCGUCUAGAACCAGAUCUUGUGUAAGGUAUUUCAGGCUAGUCAUGGGGGCGUAUAGUAUCAGUGGUUGGGCUAGCAGUUUCGGGGCCCACCUGUGCCAUGUGCAGAGAGAGUGUUUUGUGGUCACUAACCUGUUUGCAUCGCGUGGAUGCGAUUUGGUCGGGACCCAAAGUAAGUCUAAUAGUGCAUGGGGCGUAGCGCUUGCCGUUUCUAAUUGGUACCACAGGGGGCGGUUUGGGGUUAUCAGCAAUCUUGCUGUUUGGGAUAGGUUCGUGGCUAUGUAGUAUUUGGAAAUAUUGGGUACACCCAGUCCCCCAUUCCCCAUAGCCAGGGUUGUGCUUGCCAUAGAAACCCUAGGUGGUUUCUUCUUUCAUAUGUGGGCGUUUAACAGACGCUGGAACCGUUGUAGUAGCGCCUUUGGUAUCUCAAUGGGGAGGGCCCUGAAGAGGAAUAAUAUUUGAGGGAGUAUGAUCAUUUUUAUGGAGUUUAUGCGUCCCAGCCAUGAUGUGUUUUUUGCCCCCCAGCUCUCCAGCAACACCUCUGUUUUAUUUAGCAAGGCGUCAUGGUUGUGUCGGAUUAAGUUACGUCUCGAGGGUGCCAAUUUUGUGCUUAAGUAGGAGAGAUUGUCUUUACGCCAGUCAAAGGGGUAUUGAGCUCGCAGGGCGGCCAGGGUAGAGUGUGUCACGUUAAAGGGUAGUACCUGAGUUUUUGCCUCGUUGUUCUUGUAAUAGGACACUUGGCCAUAGUCAUGGAGUAGGGCUAGGAGAUGCUUCAGUGAUUCUGUCGGAUUAGUCAGGAAUAUUAGGAUGUCGUCAGCAAAGGCGGCUAUUUUUUGGGGACCUAUUAGUGAGGGGAUACCAGUGACGCGCUGUUCCUGUUUGAUUGUGUGCAUUAGCGGUUCUAGUGACAUGAUAAAGAUAAGGGGCGACAGUGGGCAUCCCUGUCUUGUGCCAUUCGUCAGGGCAAAGCGUCGAGAGGCAAAACCGGAGCUCACAACCACGGCUGUCGGGGAGGAAUAUAAUGAUAGGAGGCCAUUGAGAAAUUUGUCGGGGAAUCCAAACCUGCGGAGGACCUCCGUCAUGUAGCCCCAGUGUAGCCGGUCGAAGGCCUUCUCCGCGUCAAGGGCCAUUAGUAGCCCCUGUGUUCUGUGUACCGUCAGGAGUUCCAUUAUGUCUAGUGCAUGUCUUGUGUUGUCCUCCACCUGGCAUUCCGGGACAAAACCCGAUUGUUCCGGGGAAACAAGUGUACCCAGGAGGGGGCGUAUGCUAUUGGCUAGGAUUUUGGCAAAGAGCUUUGUGUCCGCGUUAAGCAGGGAGAUAGGGCGGUAAUUUGCGCAAACUUCGGUGGGCUUGCCCGGCUUGGGAAUAGUAAUUAUGGUGGCCUCUAGCAUUUCAGGGGGUAUGGAACCUGACUCCAAGAUGUUGUUGUACAGGGAGGUCAUGUGGGGUAGGAGUUGGUCCUCAAAGGUCUUGUAGUAGUGAGCGGGAAAGCCGUCAGGCCCUGGGGCUCUAUGUCGGGGGGUUUCUCUAAGUGCUUUUGAGAUUUCCUCUGGAGUGGUUGCGCUAGUGAGUAGUGAGGCUUGGGCGCUGGAGAGCUGGGGGAGUUCCACUUUGUCUAAGUAGGCGGCUAUCUCCAUUGGGGUCGGCUGGUGUUGCAGAGGGUCCUCCGCUAGGUUAUAGAGGGCACCGUAAAAUGUCGCAAAUUCAUCCGCUAUUAGCUUGGGGUUCGUCAGUUUCAUCCCGGUAUUAGCUACUAAGUAUGGUAUGCGCGUUUGAGCGUGUUUGUCUUUCAGUUGGGCGGCCAGCAGUUUCCCCGCCCUGUUCCCCUGUCUGUAAUACUCGCUUUUGAGUUUGCGGAGAGCCCUCUCUACUCGCUGGAGUUGGUGAACUUCUAAGUCAGCUCUAAUCUUAUUAACAGCCAGUCUUGUCACGUCAGAGAGUGAGGUUUUGUGGAGGUCCUCUGCAAGUCUCAGGUCCCUAAGCUUUGCUCUGCUAGUUUCCUCUAGUUUGCGUUUGUGUCGCUCCAGCCCUAAUCAGUGCUCCUCGUAUCACGGCCUUAUGGGCCAGCCACGUCGCGGCUACGGUUGUGUCUUGGGGUUUGUUGUCCGCAAAGUACCAAUCAGAUUGAAGGACACGACUUUUAAACCACAGCAAGCAGCGAAUAUACCACCGAUUGAAAAAACUGUCAGAAUACAGCGAAACGCGUCUCGGCCAGGAGGAAGGAGUUACCAGGGACUUUUUAUAUACUUUUUUAUUCUUUUCAUUAUAUAAUUUAGUACACCCCUUUUUUUUUGUUUGUAUUAUAUUUUAACCCCUUAAGUAAUUCACUAUGGUUUUCCUUAUCUCAACAGCCCGUUCAGCGCUGUCUAUGAGGGAUGCAUUGAGGCGCCACGUGCCUCGUCCUCUCACCGGAUGUAAAGUGGUGAAUGAGGACAGCAAAGGGGCAUGGUCUGACCAGGUGAUUGAGUCGAUGGUGACCCUAGCCAAAGUGUCCAGGGACUUCUCGUCCACCAGGCACAUGUCUAAGCGGGAAUAUUGGUCAUGGACUUUCGAGUAGAAAGUAUAGUCUCUGGUGGCCGGGUACAAGGAGCGCCACGUGUCGUGAAGGCCAUGGGAGUGUGAGAGAGCUGAGAGCCUGUCACCAAUGGAUACAUAGCGAGGGUGGGAGCCUGGGGUGCCUGUUCUGUCCAGGUCUGGGUCAAGUACACAGUUAAAGUCUCCGCAGACAUAAGUUUGGCCCUGUUUUAUCCUGUCCAGCGUUUUUAGGGAUUUCCUGAUAAAGUCAUAUUGGUUGGAGUUAGGGGCGUAAAGGUUUGCUAAGGUUACUGGGAUAUCGUUUAGCCUACCCACCAGAAUCAGUAGCCUACCGUCAGCGGUUUUAUGCUCUGUCGUGCACGUGAAGGCCCAAUCCGAGUGGAUUAAGAUACUGACUCCCCUGGCUGAGAGGAAUUUUGGAGGGUUUGUAGCCGAGAAGUGUGUCUCUUGUAUGCAGGCUACUGAAGCAUGCAUGGCGCGGAGCUGGGAGAAGGCAAGUCUGCGUUUUUGCGGAGUGUUCAGGCCUCGGGCAUUUAAGGACAGAACAUUGAAUUGGUGUUGGGAAGACAUCAGCUGAGACCGGGGGGGGGCCUCGGUGCUUUCGAGGCGGCAUUUACCAAACUGAUUCAUUGACAGAGGUAGUAAUCUUUGGUGAAAGGGGGUAGCGUCCCCAGUCUCCCAGCGCCUCCGAGGGCCAGGGUGAGCGACAUCUCUAAUGGGGUACAUAUUCAAGGGUAGAGUGCAACACGGGGAUAAAAAACAGUGAACAUAACAAAAGUAUAUACAAUUCAAUAAGCGUAACAGCAUUAUGUGGAGACUGGUCCGCAGGUACACCUUCCCCCUUGCGUUGGGGAGAGGCAGCACCGCAGAGGGUUGUCUCGGCAGUGGGGGGGGCCUCUUUGGAGAGGGUCCCUGACCGGUGGUGGACUAUAUGGAUAAAGGGAAGGAAAGGGUCUUAUGUCGGGUAUAUUGUGGGCACUAGGCGGCACUCCCUGCGCCACCACAGCAAGUGUGGGAGCCACCGGUGUCUGCAGGGGUAAAGCUGGCAACCGUGGUAAGAUGAGUCGUGCCACUAGGCAUGUCAUCCGGGUGCCUCGGGUUGUGUAGGGAGCAAUUUGGUCGGGACAUCCAGGAGCUAAGGCCAACCUUGUUGCCGGUGGGAGCUGCGUAUAGCUAAGACUUUAAAGUGCAGCAUAUGGGGUAGCAGUGUGUCAGCUAUGGGGGGGGGGUCCUGUGGGCCACCUCCUGUCACCUGUACUCACGUGAAGGUUCAGACUGCAAACACCGGUUAGGCUAUCCCCCGAGGUAAAGAAAAAAGGGGGGUGAGUCCAGCUAAAGUCUCUACCACUACAGAGGCGGAGACGUCUUCACCGUGCAAGGCACCAGUCGACUUGGCAGCUUAGCCUGGACAGUCUGUUGCAGUGGGAAGGGCCGAGCAAGUCAUUCACUUCUUCCUUUGGACUUUGGUCCACUCCUGGGCCACCUGUCCUGGGGAUGCUGGGUGGUUGGGCGCCGCGCGGUCCGGGAAGAGUCCCCAGGCUUUCAGCUUGUGCAUACCCUGGUCUGGGUCAUCCAGCUUUGUUAGGGUUCCAUUCCUCCAGAUCAGCAAUUUCGUGGGGAAUCCCCAUCGGUAGGGGAUCUUGUGGUUCCGGAGGCAUUUAGUGACAUUUAUAAAGUCUCUUCUUCUCGCCAUCGUCAUAGGGGACAAAUCAGCAAACAGGGAGAUCUUUUCAUAGCUGGAUGGAAUUGCCGUAGAUUUUCGUUGCGCCAUGAGUAUAGCGUCUUUGGCGCUGAAAUAGUGUAGCCUCAUGACAAUGUCUCUCGGUAUGUCUCGUGCUAGCGAAGCGGGCUUGGGUACCCGGUGCGCCCUAUCUAAGCGCAGGUCUGCCAGUUCCAGGUUAGGCUGGAUAGCUGUGAAAAGUUGUUGAAGAUACCCUGGGAUAUCCAACCCUGCGACAGACUCCGGGACGCCGCGCACCCUGAUGUUAUUGCGGCGCGAUCGGUCCUCUAGGUCCGCCAGUUUGGCUGUUAGGCGCGCUUGCUCUGACUCCAUUAGGCGAAUCUUUUCCAAGAUGCCGUCAUUAGCCUGGCAUAAAUCAUCUGUUUUCUCCUCAAGGACAUUUAGGCGGGUCCCCACCUCGUGCACCUCUCGGAUGUCAUUAACCGCCAGUUGUAAGUCCUCUUUCAUGGAGGAGAGGAGCUCCUGCAGCAUUGCCGCCAUUUUUGCCUCCGAGAGAGAGAGAUCCCCAGGGGGAGGCUGUAGUGCCUCUGAGUCGGAUCCCUGAUCUGAGGCAGGUGUUGGGGAGUGUGAGCCGCCGCCAUCUUGCUCCGGCCGCGUUUUGUCUCUCCUACCUUGUCGGAAAAAAUCUGACGCCCGCUGUGCUUUUGGGGGCGCCAUUCGGCAGGGUAGGGUCCCCACAGGCUCGGGACUCAGUGGAGGGCAAUCUUCCUUCCGAUAGCCGGUUUAUUUAGUUGGUUUAGUCUGGUCCGGUCUCGGAGCUCUCACUCCAUGCGACUGCUCCGUGAGACCGGAAGUCCCGCCCCACACAUAUAUAAUUUUUUAUUAACAUUAACCUUUUUUUUUUUUUUUAAUGAUUUUACACUAGCAGGGAGACACAUGGACACCUAUUGUGACCAUGUGAUCACUCUGUUGAGCGAUCACAUGGCCACAGGGGUCCUAAUCCGCCAUGGGGAGACUGUCUGGGCUGCAGGCAGUCUCCCCACAACAGGAGCAACACCGAUCGCCGCCGGGGGAAUGACUGCGAUCAGGUAAGUACAUUGGACCGUUAGGACGGUUCAGGACCGUCACUGGUCGGCAGUGGAAAAAUGCCGACGACGGUCCUGAACCUUCCUCAGUCCUGAAGGGGUUAAACAAUCCAUACCCUGCACAGACAAUAGAGAAAUAACUGUCUGAUACAAUACAACAUGCAUAAUGAUCAAGUAGACAUGUCUUCCAUCAUGUAGAUCCAUAAAAGAGACAAAAUUCAGGUGUAUAUUUCUGAGAGGAGUCCAAUCAUCGGAGGGCCGUCUGACAGAGAACAACCCAAAAAGGGAAACAAAACUGAAAAAAUAAAAAAUACAAUCCAUGUCAAGAAUAGCAAAUACAGACAUUCACAGGCAAAGGUAAAAAUAGAAGGAACUACAAAAAGCGGUCCCAAUAAGACAAAAGAAAAACAAACAAUGGACUUAGUCCAGAAAUGUAAGCAACUUAACCAAUUGCAUAUGACCAUAUUACCUGAAGGGAUUAAAAUCACAGUCUUCAUUCAACCCAUGCGGGAAUAAUGUAUCCAAUCGAUAAAUCCACCGUAGGGCCGCGCGUUUGAGCGAAUCUGCAAGGGAACAAGGGAAUCAAUGAAAUGUUUGGCAAAAUAAAAAUGCCGUUUCUUAGUGCGAAUGGUACUUUUAUGUUCGCCGAUACGUACAGUUAGAGAUCUAGACGUUUGGCCGAUGUAUCCCAGACCACAAGGACAUUUGAUGAAAUAAAUUACCUAUUCUGUUUGGCAAUUAAAAAACUCCUUGAUGGCAAAUGCUUUCCCUGUUCUGGGAUGUGUAAACUCUGAACCCUUGAUCACAUUAUUGCAGUUGGCACAAUGGCCACAUCGGUGCAUACCCUUAAUAGGCGCCAACCACGUAGUGGAUGGUUUAGAGGAUAUUCUGGCCAAUACCAUACCAAUUGCAUGUUGAGACCCUAGUAGAAUACUUGAGAGUUAAACGGAUCCCUAGGGGCAUGAGAUUGGGCAUUAGGCCCCCCUUUUGUCAGCAUAAACCAAGGUUUGGGGAAAACUGGCAAAAGAUUUUGAAUAAAUGUAGCCUGGAUCUAAUUACACUCACCAUUGAGGGGAUUGAAGAAGAUUUGAUUGAAUUGAAGCAAUAAAUUAGUACUACCAAAAAUAGAAUAUUGAGUACUGACAAUCACGAAUCCUUUAUUAAACAUUCAGGAGAUUGACAGUAUUUUGUCCAAACAUAAGACAGACACCCUCAAUAGAAAACUAUCUAAAGUCAAACGUGACACGAUAGAUUAUCUUGACAACAAAGUCUAUAAUUGGCAAUUUCAGCGCCAGAGAUUCAAUGCACCCCAGGGUGAACGCUCUUUCUCUAGGCAUUCUCCUGCCCAGUGGCGUACACAUGACCCAUGGGGCCCCGGUGCGAAAAUUGACCCGUGGGUCCCCCCCGCGAUUACUCAGCGCGGGUCGGGGCCGCAACACAUGGCGGCGGGCACCUGGUCGCAGGGGUUGCAGGGCUGCGACCCCGCGACCGCGGUAUGCACACACACUUAAAGGACCACUACAGACACCCAGAUCACAUCAGCUCAAUGAAGUGGUCUGGGUGCCAGGUCCCUCUAGUUUUAACCCUGCAGCUGAAAACAUAGCAGUUUCAGAGAAACAGCUAUGUUUCACUGAGGGUUAAUCCAGCCUCUGGUGGCUGUCUCAUUGACAGCUGCUAGAGGAGCUUCCGCGAUUCUCACUGUGAAAAUCACAGUGAGAAGACACUGAAUGUCCAUAGGAAAGCAUUGAGUAAUGCUUUCCUAUGGGCGUUUUAAAUGCGCGUGCGCCUCUUGCCGCACAUGUGCAUUUCGGAGCUGAGUGGCGGACACUGGGGAGUCCGACGCUGGAGAAAGGUAAAUGCUGAAGACACACACACACACUCUCACGAACAGACGCAUACACACUAGCUAACAGACACACACAUUUACUGACAGAGACACACUCAGCGACAGACAUACAUACACACUCACUUACAAAACAUACACUUUCACAAACACACACUCACAGACAUCAAACACACUCAGUAACAGACACACACAGUAACACACUCACUAGCAGACACACACCCAAUAACACACUAACACACACACACUAACACACACUUUUUUUUUUUUAAUUUAAUUCUCCCAGCCUCCUUACCUUUUGGAGUGCUGGGGGGAUUACCUGGGGUCCAGUGGUGCUGGGCUCCUGGGAGGGCUGGCUAUCUGGGUGGCCGGCGCGCGAGGGAGCACUUUCCCCUGAGUGCUUCCUCUUCCGGCUCCGGUAUCAGUGCGGUGCACGAGGGAGCUGAAGAGGAAGUACUGAGUGCUCCCUCGCAUGCCGCCUGCCCGACCGGCCACUCGCCUGCCUGGUGUCAGCAGGGCCAGCCUUGGGGGGCCCUGGGGUGGUCGGCUCCUGGGCCCCCCAGGGGAAGAGGCUGGCCCAGUGGGAGGCCCCCUGGUGGGCCGGGCCCGGUCGCAGCCGCGACCCCUGCGACCCUGGUAUGUACGCCACUGCUCCUACCAAUAGUGACAGUGAGAAUCCUCUAUUGGAUCAGCCAACACUAGUGAUUUUUUAGAACAGCGACGCCCCAGAGGAGGAGGCACAAGACCAGGAGAGGCAAGAGACGACGCAGUAAACCAUCCCCCUCGGAGAUAUCCACAGAGGGAGAGGAGACCAUGGAGACGUUAAUAGUGAAUAUUUCCAGGAGGGUGUUAUCAGUAAGUGAGAUCUCGGUGCUUAACAAGGGUCUGGGUUUUGUUCCUUUAUUUGACGGUGACAAAUUGGACUUGGAUAUUGAAUUGUAUGAAUUUUUUCGUUCCUUACGUUUAAAAGUUUUCUUUGCAGGAGACAAUUUAUCCUCGCAUGUACAAAUCCAAGAGCCUGAGCAUGAGGUUAAUUGCGUGGAUUUAUCCAAAUGUAAAAAUAAAAGUAAAUUCACUCCUCCCACCACCAAUUCCACAGUUGAAACUUUUAUUAAGUUAUGCCAACUGGAGAUCUCCAAGAUCAGUUGGUCUAGGAGGGGUUCCUCCAAUUUGACAGGAGAUGAGUGGAGGGCCGUCGGUGCCCUGAGAAUUGAUGACUCCAUCAUUAUCUGGGCUGAGGACAAGGGUGGAGCCAUUGUCGUCAUGGACAUUGACAAAUAUAAUGCUGAAGCCAUGGCACAGCUGUCUAAUUGGGUUCAAUACGAGAAACUAUCAAGGGACCCAACGAAAGAGUUUUAUGACAGGAUCGGGGUUAUCACCCAAGAGGCCCUGAAUCAGGGUUUAAUCAACAAAAAGAUCUUUGAGUUCCUUAAUACAUCACUUUUCUGUACCUGCUUCCCAAAAUCCACAAGGAUCUUUUGAAUCCCCCUGGCAGGCCCAUUGUGUCGGGUUGUGGUUCUUUGCUUCAGCCGCUGGCCCAAUACAUUGAUGUUUAUCUUCAAGUGCUAGUGGUACAGAUGAGGUCAUAUAUACGGGAUACCAGUGAUUUUUUGGGGGAAAAUUGGAUAACUUGGGUUCUUCCUGCAGAGAUUCUCUCCUGUGUACGAUGGACGUGUGCAGUUUGUACACGUCCAUCCCCCACAGGGGAGGUAUGGAAGCUACUGCACAGGCUUUGGGCAGACUUGAGCUGGAUUCUAAUUUGAGUGAUUUUGUUUUACAGCUGCUGGAAUUGGUGCUAUCAUGCAAUUACUUUACCUUUGGGAAUUACUUUUUUCUACAGAUACAGGGGACGGCGAUGGGGGCAAGCAUGGCUCCUUCUUAUGCCAACUUGUACAUGGCUAAAUUUGAGGAAGAAUUCGUCUAUCCGCAUCCCUUAUUCAAAUCUGUGGAGGUUUGGUUUCGUUAUAUUGACGAUGUGUUCUUUCUUUGGAAUGGUUCAGAGGCUAAUCUUCUAUCUUUUAAAGCGGAUUUGGAUCUAUAUGUACCAAGCAUGAAGUUUACUUUGGAACACGAUGCCAGUAGCAUUCAUUUUUUGGAUGUUCAGGUAAAUAAAAUUGAUGAUGGAUUGUGCUUUGACCUUUUUCGAAAACCAACUGACAAAGUUGCAUUUCUGCAGGCUAACUCCUUUCACCCAGCCAGUAUGAUUCGAAGCCUUCCUUUUAGCCAAUUGUUACGUGUACGACGGAUUGUAUCCCAGGAAGCUAACUUCGAUACUCAGGCUAGGAAGAUGCUGGAAGAUUUUUGUUCCCGGGGUUAUAACAAUACCUCCUUACAGGAAGCUUUGGCCAAAGCAAAAAAUUCGGAGAGGACAUCAUUACUGAGGACUAAGAAUAAGAACAAGAGAAACAAGUCCAAUCGUAUUCCAUGUGUCACUACAUAUUCGACCAAAUCUGAUUUGGUCAAACACGUCAUCAAUAAGAACUGGUAUGUUCUACAGAGUGACCCAGAGAUUGCUGAUCUCUUUAAGGAGAGACCACUCAUGGCCUAUAAAAGAUCGAGGAAUAUUAAAAGCUUGGUAUCGCCCUCCAGAGACAGAAUAUAGUCUAAACCAUCCACUACGUGGUUGGCACCUAUUAACGGUAUGCACCGACGUGGCCAUUGUUCCAACUGCAAUAAUGUGAUCACGGGUUCAGAGUUUACACAUCCCAGAACAGGGAAAGCAUUUGCCAUCAAGGAGUUUAAUUGCCAAACAGACCAGGUCAUUUAUUUCAUCAAAUGUCCUUGUGGUCUGGGAUACAUCGGCCAAACGUCUAGAUCUCUAACUGUAUGUAUCGGCAAACGUAAAAAUACCAUUCGCACUAAAAAACAGCAUAUUUCUUUUGCCAAACAUUUCAUUGACUCUGGUCAUUCUGUGGCACAACUACGUUUUCAGGCUAUAGAACAUCAAGACUCCUCAUUUUGGUUGUUCCCUUGCAGAUUCGCUCAAACGCGCGGCACUACGGUGGAUUUAUCGAUUGGAUACAUUAUUCCCGCAUGGGUUGAAUGAAGACUGUGAUUUUAAUCCCUUCAGGUAAUAUGGUCAUAUGCAAUUGGUUAAAGGGACACCGUAGGCACUGUAUCUGCUUCAUCUCAUUAAACUGGUUAUAGUGUCUGGAGUCCUCUGGUACCAUCUUUUCUUUCAGCAUUAAACCGUUUUUAAACUUUUAAUGUUUUAAUGCUAAACAAGAGUCCCCAGCAAUCCAUCCCCUCUGUGCUGCUUUGGCUAAUAAGGAAGUAUUAGCCUGAGCAGCAAUAGGCAGCUGUGAUUGGCUGAGAGUGUCAGCUGACUGCUUUUAGCCUGUCAGAGUUCCAACUGACUGUUGAAUGGGUAUGACAACAAGGAAGUGUGUAAUCUCUGCCUUAGCUACACAUACUGAAGGGGCCGGACUGUGGGUGGCCAUAGACUCUUAUUUUGUGGCAUACUGCACGAACAUGGUGCAACACUGAAUGGAGGGACAGUGCCAGGGCACUCCAGGCACUAUAACCAAUUCAAAGAGAUGAAAUGCUUAUAGUGACUACAGUGUCCCUUUAAGUUGCUUACAUUUCUGGACUAUUUCCAUUGUUUGUUUUUCUUUUGUCUUAUUGGGACCGCUUUUUAUGGUUCCUUCUAUUUUUACCUUUGCCUGUGAAUGUCUGUAUUUGCUAUUCUUGACAUUGAUUUUAUGUUUUUGUUUUCCUUUUUGGGUUGUUCACUGUCGGGCGGCCCUCCGAUGAUUGGACUCCUCUCAGAAAUAUACAUCUGAAUUUUGUCUCUUUUAUGGAUCUACAUGAUGGAAAACUUAUGUCUACUUAAUCAUUAUACAUGUUGUAUUGUAUCUGACAGUUAUUUCUCUAUUGUCUGUGCAGGGUAUGGAUUGUUUAGUUUGGUUUAGAUUUGUUUAGAUUUUUUGUAUACAGGGAGUGCAGAAUUAUUAGGCAAAUGAGUAUUUUGACCACAUCAUCCUCUUUAUGCAUGUUGUCUUACUCCAAGCUGUAUAGGCUCGAAAGCCUACUACCAAUUAAGCAUAUUAGGUGAUGUGCAUCUCUGUAAUGAGAAGGUGUGUGGUCUAAUGACAUCAACACCCUAUAUCAGGUGUGCAUAAUUAUUAGGCAACUUCCUUUCCUUUGGCAAAAUGGGUCAAAAGAAGGACUUGACAGGCUCAGAAAAGUCAAAAAUAGUGAGAUAUCUUGCAGAGGGAUGCAGCACUCUUAAAAUUGCAAAGCUUCUGAAGCGUGAUCAUCGAACAAUCAAGCGUUUCAUUCAAAAUAGUCAACAGGGUCGCAAGAAGCGUGUGGAAAAACCAAGGCGCAAAAUAACUGCCCAUGAACUGAGAAAAGUCAAGCGUGCAGCUGCCACGAUGCCACUUGCCACCAGUUUGGCCAUAUUUCAGAGCUGCAACAUCACUGGAGUGCCCAAAAGCACAAGGUGUGCAAUACUCAGAGACAUGGCCAAGGUAAGAAAGGCUGAAAGACGACCACCACUGAACAAGACACACAAGCUGAAACGUCAAGACUGGGCCAAGAAAUAUCUCAAGACUGAUUUUUCUAAGGUUUUAUGGACUGAUGAAAUGAGAGUGAGUCUCGAUGGGCCAGAUGGAUGGGCCCGUGGCUGGAUUGGUAAAGGGCAGAGAGCUCCAGUCCGACUCAGACGCCAGCAAGGUGGAGGUGGAGUACUGGUUUGGGCUGGUAUCAUCAAAGAUGAGCUUGUGGGGCCUUUUCGGGUUGAGGAUGGAGUCAAGCUCAACUCCCAGUCCUACUGCCAGUUCCUGGAAGACACCUUCUUCAAGCAGUGGUACAGGAAGAAGUCUGCAUCCUUCAAGAAAAACAUGAUUUUCAUGCAGGACAAUGCUCCAUCACACGCGUCCAAGUACUCCACAGCGUGGCUGGCAAGAAAGGGUAUAAAAGAAGAAAAUCUAAUGACAUGGCCUCCUUGUUCACCUGAUCUGAACCCCAUUGAGAACCUGUGGUCCAUCAUCAAAUGUGAGAUUUACAAGGAGGGAAAACAGUACACCUCUCUGAACAGUGUCUGGGAGGCUGUGGUUGCUGCUGCACGCAAUGUUGAUGGUGAACAGAUCAAAACACUGACAGAAUCCAUGGAUGGCAGGCUUUUUGAGUGUCCUUGCAAAGAAAGGUGGCUAUAUUGGUCACUGAUUUGUUUUUGUUUUGUUUUUGAAUGUCAGAAAUGUAUAUUUGUGAAUGUUGAGAUGUUAUAUUGGUUUCACUGGUAAUAAUAAAUAAUUGAAAUGGGUAUAUAUUUGUUUUUUGUUAAGUUGCCUAAUAAUUAUGCACAGUAAUAGUCACCUGCACACACAGAUAUCCCCCUAACAUAGCUAAAACUAAAAACAAACUAAAACUACUUCCAAAAAUAUUCAGCUUUGAUAUUAAUGAGUUUUUUGGGUUCAUUGAGAACAUGGUUGUUGUUCAAUAAUAAAAUUAAUCCUCAAAAAUACAACUUGCCUAAUAAUUCUGCACGCCCUGUAUUGAUGACCCUCUGUCACUUUAAGAUGAUGGUACCUUAUACCUGCAAUUGUUUUGCAUGGCUUGAGAUGCUUUGACUUGAUUAGCAUGCAUCCUUGACUUCAUCUUUAUGUGGACAUUGUUUUACAAAUGUUCAUUUAUUUUUUAAUUUUAUUCAUUUAUUUUUUCUUCUUUCCCCCUCCCCCUCUUUUUCAAUAUUAAUUCAUAAUUUUUUUAUUAUUUUUUCCCGAUUGCUUUUUUUCUACAGUAUAUAUCUUUAAUAUCAGGCUGGCAGACUUGCUUUAUUCUUAUCUCCAGAUUUGGAGCCAAGAUAAAUAUACUUCUAGGCAGUGUCCCUGCUCCUUUUUGGAGCUAUAUUCGUUCAUUAGUGACUAGUCUGCAUGUUUUUUUGCCUAUGCGUUCAACUUUGCGCUUCCUGGUUUGUGGUUUCGCAAGGUGCCAACUGAUUGCGCAUGCGAACAGGCAUAUUUCUAUAUUAGAACGCAUGUGCGUUCCACCAGAUUUAGCUUACUUCCGGGUUUGGCAAUUUUGAAGCGCCUGAUGCUGCUCACGCCUCCGGUCUAUAUUUUUAUUCCUCUUUGUAUCAGUAUAAGCUUGUAGAUCAAAUCUCUGCACCAGGUAUUUUGUGACAUUUACUUUUUUUUUUUUUUUUUUUUUGUUGUGCAAAAGUUUGACAGACAAGCUCGCCAUGCCACAACAGUAAAUACAGACAUUUCAAGAGGCGUAAGACUGUGGCAUGUAGUAGUACUGCACAUUUUUAAGAUAAAGAUAAACAUAGUGAUGCAUAUAGUGUUGCUUAACAAGAAAACAGUAGAAUUGUUUGAGACAUACUAUAUGGAUUGACAAUAACGUAGUCGAGUAUAAUACAUCAAGAUAAGGGAAUACGCUAAACUGUAAUUAGUUUGUCAGCAGUGUAGUCGCUGGGUACUAUGGUUGGUGUUACGGCAGAAGGGAGGAUGUCAUUUAAAUAGGCUGGUAUGACCUCAGAGGUGCGCCGCCUAGGGCAGGAGCCCGCUUGUGCCAAUCUAGCUGUAUUAUUACAGCAGGAAUAUUUGUAUUUUCAUAAUGCAAGUUAUAUGUCAACAUUGUGUAGAUUCUAGCAAAAAGUCAUGUUCGCCUACGCGGAGGCACAGUAUGGUUGCAGAUGAUAACCAUGUAACAGUUUAAUAGUGCGUGUGUGUGCUUAGUUAACACGUUAUAGCACAGUGAGUAACCGGCCGUGGUCUAAUUCACUAGGUUUCUAAGUGAAGUUCGUUAGGGAGGCACAUUACAGUGGUCCCCCACCUUUGUUGCAUUGGGCCAGUCAAUGGGAUCUGCUGUGGGUGACCGAGGCAAUCCGCCGACUGUGGUCGUCAGGGGUGCCCAUACUUAGUUUAACCGCUUUUUAGCAGGUUCUUUUGUAGAGCCUUGUUAGGCCGUUACUGUGGGUGGUCGCGCCUAUGCGUGAACAAUAGACAAUAUAAUUCGAGAUUCUAGGCAGAGAAAAUCAAGUUAAGCACCUUAAGGUAGUGACCCAUAUCGCCUAUCGCUUGCCAGUUUCUGGUCAUUAGCAGGAAGUCAUAUAACAUGUACACAUACUAGGCAUUCUAAGUUAAUGUACCCAGAGUAAACACACAGAGCACGAACAAACAAAGUAGCAGCAUUUACCACCUGGCGCCUGCCAUCGUAGAGAGUUAGUAGGAAGUCCUGUAACUUUUAAACAUGCUAGACUUUCUGUGCAUUCCAAUAUGUUAAUCAUAAAGGUAUAAGGUUGAUGUAUCCCAAACCAGGAUUUAAGUCUCAUGCUUUCACGAGGCUAUGCAUCGGUUGUCUCUGUUUUUAGUCCCCUAGGCUUGCCUCAGGCAGGUGGGGGUCUCUCCGUGAUUCAAAUGGGGCGAUGUUGUCCACAUCCCAUUGUGGUCUCCGAGGGCUGCCCCUUCUGGAUUCCCUCUGUGUUGUGAUGCCCUGCUGAGUCAGAAACAAUUGGCCUUCCUCUGGUGAGUGUAUUGUAUGGGUUAUCCCCUCCGCGGUGAUCUGAAGGGAGCGUGGUGUGCCCCAGCGGUACGGGAUCUUCUUCCGUCUCAGCACGCUGGUGAUAGGGCGCAUUGUUUGCCUCCAUUGCAUGGUGGGUUUUGAGAGGUCAUUAUAGAAUGUCAGGUUGUGCCUCUCGAAGGCCAGGAAUGGCAAAUCCCUGACCGCUGCCAUAAUCGCCGUUUUGUCCAGGUGUGUGACAAGCUGUAUAAUGAUAUCGCUGGAUGCCUGUUGGGGCUGUCUGCCCUGCCUGCGGAUUCUGUAUAUGUUAUCCACCAGGAUGUUCUUAGCCUGUUUGUGGGGAAGUAUUUGCUGGAGCAAGCGCCCCACGUAUUGCGGCAGUUCAGUCUUGUCUAUCGUAGUAGGGAUACCCCUAAUCUUGAUAUUCUUGCUGCGGCUGCGGUCUUCAUAUUCAGUUAGUUUUAGUGUCAUUGUUGCUUGUGAGGCAGUUAGCCGUUUCUGCUCUGCGGCAAGUGUGGUUUGCUCGGCUUUGAUGUGGGCCGAUGUUUCCUCUGCGGCCUUGAGGUGCCCUGUAAGUGAGAGCAUGUCCUCUCUCAGAAUUGCAAGGUCCGCCUGGAACAUCUUGCGGAUGUCGCGGAGGAGUGAUUUAAUGUCUCCCUUCGUGGCCGGGGUGUUAUUCUCCUCGUCCGAGGAUUCCAUAUAUAGGCCUCCAGCUUGUGGGAUCUCGUCUAGGGCGUCCAUGGAGGUUUCUUCCUCCUCCGAUGAGGUCUCCACAUGUGGGUCCGCCAUCUUGGGCGCCACGCGCGGGAGGCUUCCCUGCAUGUAUUCCCCAAUAUUACGGGUUCCCGAUGCCAGGGCUGCCUUGAUCUUCUUGGCCCGUUUUCCCAUUGCGUUGGUGGGGUGCUAGUCGGUGUUCCGGUGAUUUUUCACCCGGUUAGCUGUUGUUUUUAGGCUUGUUGGUACGGAGCUACAGCUCUGCACGUCUGUUCGGUUUGCUUGCUUGUGACAUUUACUUUUGAUUGCUUCUUUUUUAUGUUUUUAUUUUUUUCAAACUGCCAUACCACUUGGGACAGUUGAUCUUUAUAUUAAUACUGAUGUAAUAUUCAUAUUCUUAUCUAUAUUAUAUGUUUCUACUAAUAUGUCCACUACAUGUACACUUAAUAUCUUGCCUGCAUGUUUCAUGUUGAUUUUGUAUCUUUAUAUCAAGUAUUUUUGUUUAUGUAUUCUACUUGUGAAUCUGCAUUUUGAUAUGUAUAAAUGUAUAUGGGUCAGGGCUUUCUGGUUCCCUUGACAACCAUGAACAGGUGUAUCAUGGUUGGGAGGAUCCCAGUCAUCAUGGGUGGCCACCCAUUUUUUUCAGGUGUUUUCCAUGUUUGUGUUUUAUUUUGGGUAUAUAAGAACAGGAUUUAGUUUCUCUCAACAUGCUCCCUUGAUAAAGGCAUUUUUGCCGAAACGUAGGGGGUGUUUUUGUGACUGACUCUGUCCCUGCUUCUCACUAGGUCUGGUAUGCUUAUUGCUAUAUACUUUUGUAUAUUUAUAUCUAUGUUUGUGGGGUUGGAUUAGACUGGUAUUUUAUUUCUUUAUUUUUGUAUAUUGAGACUGUGUUAUUCAUAUAAGACGCUUUUGGCGUUUAUACAUAUAUAUUCAGAAUUUUUCUGAUCAUUGCUGUAUAGCGUGACAUGAUCCUAUAUUUUGGAUCUUUAUGUUAUGUGAUAUUCUUAUAGAGUAUACCCACUUAAUAAAGAUUGUUUUAUUAUGUCAGCCAAGGAGGCAGAGCAAGCACUAGCAGACUGUAAUAAAGGUAAGAUUUUAUUAUAUUUAAGGGGGCCAGGUGUGUUAGAUGGUAUUUUUAAAACUAUAGGGUCAGGAAUACAUGUUUGUUUCCUAUAGUGUUCCUCUAAAGUGUGUGGCUACAUUACAAUAUGACAGAUGUGCUUGAACAUAAUACACUGACUGUGGAAAAUGAUAAAUUUAGAAAUAAACACACCCUUUCAUUUUGCUCUUUAAACUAUUGAAAAUGAUAGGGGUGGGGGCUCAGCAUAGAGUCAAGUGCUACUGUGAAGAGAGGCACACAAGGGCUUGGCUGGGAAAGUUUGUAGAGACACACUGGUUGUCUUUUGAGUCUGUGCAUUUAAAGAGCUUUAUAAAAGCACUUCUGAAAAAUAGUAGGCUUCAAAAUGUCAAAUGUAAUUUUUUGCAACACAAUAAUAUGGCAUGAAUAUGCCAGCAGUACAGAUAUAGCAUCAUUAUUAAUGUUGUGCGUCAUUAUAGUGAGGGCCACGGGUCAGUGAUCUUUUUUCCACUUGAAAACCAGAUGUCCUAUCUGUAAAGGGGUGGAGUGCUGCCUUCAUCUAUCAGGGUUGUUCACUUAAGUGGGAUUUCAAGUGAAAAAGACAUUAUAAAUAUGGUGCCAUGAAACAUAGUGAAACACCCUGUUUACUAGCACACGUUUUUGUUGCAAUUUUGAGAAAAGCUGAGGCUCUCCCAGACAAUGAAUUCCCCCGCUUCUCUGCUGACACUUGGAUAAUGAGUAAGAUUCACCUCUGUAUUAUCCAGGAAAAACUGGCCAACUUAUGGCCACAUUAUCUGAGAGGCGGCAGAGGGGUGAGCUUUUGAUUCCGGGGAGAGUCUCAGUUUUUGUCAAACCGAUUCAAUUUUAUUUGUCAGAAAAUGGGUGUAACAAUUAAUUUAUAAAAUAAUUGAUUUAUAAAUUAACUUUGUUACACCUUCCCAACUGUCAGACAGCCGGUCCUUUUGCUUCCUGGUACUUUAGCUUCAUUAAGCUAACUUCAAGAAGGGUGCAAUUGCUCAGAGUACCUGCCUGGCAAAGACUUCGAAAAGAGUUGUAAUACAGAAGUCUGAGACUGAAAUGGUAGUAUUGUGGUGUAUACUAGUAGUAUUGUGGUGUAUGUAUUUUUUUUUUUAUUAAUUUUGAUCUCCAAUGUUUUACAUUUUAAUAAUUUAGGGUUAAAGUUUUUUGCUCUUACUUUGUUUUUCUGUUCUCAUUUUUUUUUAUUCUGCAAGGGUGAAUCAUUACCCAAGCUUUUAAAGCUAUAUCUGUUUUCCAGAUCUCCUUUAUCUAAAAAAAGAAAAAUACCUUUUAUGUCAACAGGAAAACAUAGAUCCUAGUGUUCUAUAGUGGAAAAACACACUAUUUGCCUUUUUUUAAAUAUGAACAGAUAAUUUGUGAGGUCUAUUCUCUAUACAGUGAUGGGUGGUGAAUUACAAAUGGAAACUGCCAAAUUUAGGACAAAUAUUCAAAUGGAUAUUUCUGUGUAAGGAAUGUUCUGUACAUGAUAGUAAGUUCCCCAAAGCAACUUUUUUAUUCAAUGUAGUCCAGGGUAUGGCAGAUAUAUGCCAAGGUGGGGUAAACAAAUUUGCAAACUCCACCCAACACACAGUUGACCUUGAUGAAUUCCAUUUCAUUGCGUGAGCCAGUUGGGCUGAGUUGUAAUAAAGGACUAAGUCCGGUAAGCCCAAACUACCAUCAAUUUUCCACCGAUAGAGAGUUUUCCCUGAAAUGAUUGCUUUCUUUUCUGACAAAAUAAACCUAAAUAUGUGUAACCGCGGCUGGUUCCCUUAUUUACCCCUAUAAUGUCUUAAAGCAUAAAACUUAGUAGGGCUAACCAUAAAGAUAUCUUAGCCAUAAUUUUACAUAGUGUAAGAGAUCCUCUAUUUAACAUAUAUAAAUAAUUGAGAAUAUAAUAUAAAAUAAGGAUUGUAUUGGAAGCAAUAGGUUUGUCUUUUAGAAAUUUAUUAUAUAAAAAUAUAAAUAUAGACAUAUAAAAUCCAUUAUAGCAGAGUUUAUAAGAUUAAAUUAAAUGCUUGCAAAUAUCAUUAAUAGGUUAACCUACCCUUCUGAACGUGUCAUCAUGUCAGCCUCUCUGUCAUUUUAAGAUGGAGCAGCGUCUGUCUCCAAGUCUCUCUGUGUCUUAACAUUUAAAAGUACACCUAUUUAUACCUUAGGUGUCUCUAUUUUAGGGUUACCGUAGUACAUAUAUGAAAAAGUAACACUUCUUUUACUUUAUUCAUUUUAGGACCUCCCUUAACUUGGCAAACAUACAAGGCCAUAACUAAAGGGUGUAUACGUCAUGGAAAUUUUCCUGACUUAGUUCAAGAUGGCAUCUUAAAGUCUGGACAUCCUUAUCUACUUAGGGUUACCCCAGUAUAUUGUGUACUGAAAGAGUCGUAGCAUAGCCUUGAAGCUUGUUUAUGCAAUAUUGUUAAUGUAAUUCAUCUGGGACAAAAUGGCGCAAACAUAGUAUGCACUGAGGUUAUUGCUUAAAGAAAGAGUUAUGAAAAACAAUGUGUUCCAUUUCUAACACCUUGUCAGUUUGCAAUAUCUCUUAAAGACAAAGUACACAGUUUAAGAAAUACAACAUUUCAUUCUAAAACUUGUAAUAUUUGCAUUUGCCCAUAACAUAUGGGUUUCUGAAGUCUUUGGCAGUGACACCUUUUUCAUUGAAUACACUCUGCUAAUUAAAGAGAUCUUAUAUGGUGUCCAGCAAGGUAAAAUAUCAUGUAACAGAGAGGUGCGUGCUUAACAUAUAAGACAAAUAGUUAUCUUUAAAAUUAAAAGAAUCAACAGUAAAUAAAAUGUUAUAAAGGACAUCCCUGCCUUGUGCCAUUCUGUAGUGAUAUUGCAGAUGAUAAAGCCCCUGAGUGAAUGCCUGAGCUGUUGGACUUGUAUAGAAACUCUAAUUUUUUUUGCGAUGUGAAAAAUCCAUUAAAUUCAUCACUCUUCGAAUUGUAUCAGGGGCUUCUCUGUUAAUAAUAAAUCCUACCUGGUCACCGAUGAUAAUGGAAGGGAGUAGGGGAACCAGUCUGUUCACUAAAAUCCUUUGUAAAGAUCUUCAAAUUUAAAUUGGUGUGAGGCACCGAUCUGUAAUUCUGACACAUGGUAUUGUCUUUGCCUUCUUCCGCCAGUAUUUGGGGAAUAUUCCUCCAUGCAGAACUUAAAGAGCCUAUGUAAUUGAGGUACUAGCAGCUGAUAAAACUAAUUUUAUAUAUUUGCCACAAAUCCAUCUGCACCAUUGUUCUAAUUUUUUUUUUUUAAGUAGCAAAAUAUUUCAUCUUCUGUUAGUAAUGACAUAUUCGCAUUGUUUGUUCCCAAGGUUGUGUGUUGUAUAAGUGCAGGAUAGGAGGAAUCGCUUAUUUAAGUCUCCUUUGAUCUUCAGGGAAUAUAUACCUAGGUUUUAGUUACAUUUUGAAAGUAAAGAUUUCGACAGCAAACUGUGUGAGAUGUCUGAUUACAUAUCACAGAUCAGAUCUUUAGUUGGCUAUGGAUGCUUCAGUAGUUCAGUACUUUCCUCUCUGCACAAUGAUUACUGCUUAAGGGAGAUGGCUGUAAUUGUAUUGUUUAUUCCGAAUAUUUUCCUUAUGUGGCAUGAACCUUGUCUCUUAAUAUGAGCAUCCUAUCCGCUUACAUAAAGUUGGUUUGCUGCAUUUGCCUUAUCUCCCACAUUUUCAGUCCACUAUGAGAGCUCAGAACUAUUGUUUAGUAUAUAAAAAACAGACAUCUUCCUGCAUCAUAGAAAAAAAGAUGAUGACCAGUAUUUUAAAUUGCACUCUUCCUGCAGAAAUCAAAGUAAAUUAAAAAAAAUAAAAAAUAAAACACAUCCCAUAUGGGAAGAAGGAACCAAUUCGUUAAUGAUUACUCUCCUAGUAAAGACAAUAACAGGAUAAAACUAUAAAAGAAAACAGGAACAUAUAUUACAUAGCGUGAUAUGUAUAAUAAAGAUGCUUCAUACCACAUAAGUGGUUGAACUCACAAUCUUCAGAGCUAGCAAUAUUAGCUCUAUUUGAUAGCAGUGUAAGUAAAGCUAGAGCAGACGUCUCAAGCCACGUAUGGCUCACAGUGGAAUACUGCAUAAAAUAAAUGAGUGGUAAAAGCAGCCUGUAGGCUUCUGGAACCAUAACCACUAGAGCAUGCUGUAGUAAAUAUGCUUCUAGGAGACCCUGGGCACAAUCCUCCAGUAAUGUGUUUAACUGUUUAGAAAGGGCUUGAAUUUGCCCCUUUAAAGAAACACUCUAGUGUCAGGAAUACAAACAUGUACUCCUGACACUAUAUUUUUAAUACUGCUGUUAUGGUGUCCAAUCCCCCUUGCCCACUGUUAAAAAGGUGAUUUUACUCUACUUUUUUUCCAACGCUGUGCCAGUCUCGCUGCAGCUGUCCCCCACCUUGCUCCGCCUCCGUGGCUGAUAUGUCAGAUUUGACAGUCUCUGCCAAUCCAAUGCUUUCCCAUAGAAAAUAAUUGGGAGGCAAUGCAUCUCUAUGGGGAGUGUUCAGCGACUCCAUGCAGAGAGCGUGGAGACGCUGAACAUCAGUGCUGCACACUGCGUAGCACUGACCCAGGAAGCAUCUCUAGUGGCCGUCUGAGUAACUGCUACUAGAGGUGUAACUAGCCAGUAGUAAAAAGGCAGCUUUUACAUUGAGAAUCCUGCAGGGACAGGCUAUAGACACCAGAAUAACCACAUUAAGCUGUAGUGUUUUUGGUGACUAUAGUGUCUCUUUAACUUUGUCCCAUAUCACGAUCGAUGGAUUCGAUAAAGUGCUAUAGCAGCAUGAAAAUUGCAAGCGUUCUCAUUCUGAUAACUUGUAACUGUAACCUGUUUUGAAUGAAUGAAUGAAUAAAACAUUUGCAAUUCUAUGUGCUGAUUGUAUCACCACUUAAAAAAAAAUGUAAAUACCAAAACUUGUGCUUUAUACAAUAAGGAAUUAAUCGCAUUGCUCUAUAUAUCCAUUUGGUGUAAUGAAUGUAUUAAUUAGCAGGAGUACCUCUCACAGUUGCCCUUUGCUAUUUGAGCAGAGCUGUCAGCCAGCCCCCUAGAGCCCUGAAGCUCAGCGUGUUUUAAAUAUAGUCCCAGGACAGUUACAUUUAAAACUCUCCUAUUACAGACAAGAAGGCUCUGUGAAGGAAGCAGACUGGAAGUGAUUGCCUGGUUAUGGUGAGUACAGUGAGCUAGGCAUAGACUCAGUACCCCUAUAUCACUAGUCUGGUCUCACUACCAAGUGGUGUAGUGUGAGUACGAUCUGUUUUAGUAACUUUUGCAUAUAAUUCUUCUUGCCAGAUUUAGAGGCAUUAUUUAUAAUUAUUUCAAAUGCUUGCAGCUGUAAGAUAUCAGCUUAUGUACACACUUAUUCUUAUUUUCUUAAUAUAUGUAUGCUUACACAUGUAAUUAUAUAGGUAUUAAAUAUGUAACUUUAGGUUUUUGAAAGUUUUUAUUUUUUAUUUUUUUAUUACUGCAUUAAUAUUGAAUUGUAAAAUGAGAAAAAAAGACAUAUCUUGGUUAAUGAAGUUUGUUAGUUGCCUCUAUCUCACACAGCAUUAAGACUGUGGUGAUUGAAAAGCAUUCAGUACACUACAUGCAGUAUUGAGGGGGUCGCAAUGACAGUUGCAGAUCCGGUUCGACUCAUCCAGGUAAACACUUAGAUGGUCUAACCUGUGGCCUAUGCCAUUUUCUAUGGAACUUUGCAGAUCUGUUACCAUCACACUUCAAAACACAUCAAUUGAUUACAUGUAUAGAAUUUCUUUCACACACGCACACAAAGAAACAAAACAGGAAAGACCAGUAUUUUGUUUUUUCUCAAACUUUGCAAACUGUAUGAAAGGUUUUAAUAGAGACUAUAAAACACUCACAGUCCACAGACUAUCUUAAGCUUCACAUACGGACAGCAAAGUAUGCACUGCUGACACUGCAAUUGAGUCUUAUUCGCUUUACGACCUUUCCUCUCGGGUGAGCUGCUCAGAUCUAUAUAUACCGCUAUAGGUUGGGGGCAAGAACCCUGGUCAUGGCUAGUACCUAGUGUUUAUGGGGAAAUACAAUGGGUGAAAAGGUUUUAGAGUGAGUGCGACAAGUACAAUGUCCUCUGGAAACCUGGCCACACUCUAGUUAACUAACCACUAUGCUUUCCACGUACAGCUUAGGGAACCUUAUGUUCUAGAUCACAAUCGCAGACUCCUUACCUAACAAUGCAAAGGGAGCUAUAGUAAGGCUGUCUGUGUGCAUUGCUUUUUACUCUCUGGACUAUGUUUCGAUAGAAACAUUACAAGAAAUCCUGUAUUUAGCUGUAUCUAAACAGCACCGUUAAAUGACCUAGUUUUCUUUUAUAAAAUGAUUGCUGUGGACUAAGCACAUUCUUGUUUACACGCUUUUUGUUUUUCUCUUUGUACUGUUCUACUUUAGACUUUAUUUAAGAUGUAACAGUAUUGGUAAUGUUAAACCCACUAAACCAUUCAGAAAAUAAAUAGGCUGACUGUGCCCAAGGCCAAGUACUUAUUUGCUGUCACUGUGCGUAUUUACUGUCACUGCACAUUUCAGUAAAGAUUUUUUUCCUGCAUGUUGACUGUUCCAGGUUAAUCAUUCUCCCUCUAGUAAUUGCACAGUCUUCCGGGGAGCAAACGUCUUGCUCAGCAGAAGCUCCAGGGAGAGUGUCAGAAUCCUGCUCAGUCCAGUCCUAUGCUCUCCACUCUGCACAAGUCAAUUUAACACCAAAGUUGUUGUUGUUGUUCUCUAAGGGAAGCUGUUUGGGGAAAGUGGAUUGUUUUGACUGUGUACACCUCUGACCUUUGGGGUUGUUUGAACACUGCAAUACUUUCAUGCCCCUGUAGAUCUGCACUCAGUAAUGUUCUAGAAUCUCCUGUUUGGAGUUUGACAAGAUGGCGGGCCAGGGCCAGGGCCAGGGUUAUGGCUACUAUCGGACAGUCAUCUUCACUGCCAUGUUUGUGGGCUACACCCUGUAUUACUUCAACCGCAAGACCUUCUCUUUUGUCAUGCCAUCUGUGAUGGAGGAAAUAAAACUUGACAAGGAUGACCUAGGUAAGUGAGCUUUUAUCUUAUAUAUGCUUUGUGUUUAGCUAUCUGAAUUGUCUGUGUGUAAUUUAAUUCUGUAUAUGUGUGUAAAGUGUACAGAAGUAAAUGUGUAAGUGUUCUGUAAAUACUUGGAGCUCAUAUCCAGGCAGCUGGGUAUGUAGAAAUUAGGAAGACAGAAUCCAUUGAUUUUGGCACCAGGGAUGGACUGAUUGGGCCCCCGAACAAGAUCAGAUCCCGAGUACUUUGAAAACCAAUAGACAUGCAGUAACUAAAUGGAAAAUAUAACUUUCAUGUAUUGUGUGUAAUCCUUUGGUUGUGUAUGUGAUUUAAAUGAUAUAUAUACUGCAGGUAUGUGAAAUCAAUGCGUAUUUAUAUAUAAUUUCAAAUCCUUGUUCUAUGUGUGAACGUAGGGGUGUGUGGUUAGUAAGGUUAUUCGGUAAAGUGAGAAUUGUGUGGAAUUUAAAGUGAAUUAAAAGUUUAAUUUCAAAUUAAAACUACACCCACCCCAGCCUCUAUCCCUCCCUGUGCAACCACCACAGCUCAUAAGCCGCCUGCACCUACCAUAGCCCCUAUGCCUUACAGUACCCAACUGAGCCUCUGUCCCUCCCGGCUCCCACUACAACCCACAUUCCUUCCUACAUCCACCCAAGCCUCUAUCCCUCCCUGUAUCCACCUCAGCCGCUAUGCACGGACCACAGCCCUUAGGCCACCUCCACCGACCAUAACCCUUGUGCCUUCCAACACCUACCUCUGCUGCUAUCCCUCCCUGCGCCCACUACAGGCCCUAUUUAUUUCUCCACCUACUACAGCCCCUAUCCCUCCCUGUGCCCACUACAGUCCCUAUCCCUCCCUGCGACCAUUACAGCCGCUCUACCCCCCCUGCAACUACAGCACAGUUUCCUCCCUGCACCCACUUCCGCCUCUAUCCCUCCCUGUACCCACUGCAGCCCCUAUCCCUCAGUGUGCCAUCUACAGCCCUUCUGCCCACUGCGCCUAUCGUACGUACACACAUACUGCAGCCAUUAUGUCCCCCUUGCACAGUAGAGCCUCUAUUAUUCAUACAAACACACACUACAGCUCCAAUAACUUCCAGAUGCCGACUACAAAAUCUGUCCCACACACACAGCAACACAACCAGCCCUUUCCACUCAGAUGCUGUAGUGCAAACAGAACCAUCUACACACACCCAUACACAAGGAGUCUCACUGUAUACACACAAUGCCACAAGCAGCAUCCCCACACAUGCAAAACCACAUGCAGUCCCACUACACAUACACAUCACAACAACAUCCACACCAUUGCAAUACUGCAUACAGACUCCUCCCACACACACAUUAAAUUAUUACGAUCACUUAGAUAGCACCAACAUAUUCUACAGCGCUGUACAAUAGGUAAAACAUGUCAAACAAUUCAUUCUAACACAAUACGUUGACAUACAGGAACACAUCAUCACUAGGAGCAUCCCACACAUGCAACCCCACAAGUUGCCUCCAAACACAUUUUUGGUGGGGGGCACUGCUUGUGGUGUCAUCAGCAAAUACAGUGGAAGCAUGUAAUUACAUUUGCAUAAAACACUUUUAUUAAAACACAGUUUUUUCUUGUAUUAGCCCAUUCAAAGAAAGUCUGGCCAUGUUUGAGACCCUGAGGGCGUAGGAGUCAUGCCUGUGUUGCUCUUACACAGCCAUCCUGGGUGCUGGGCAGCGCGCACAUAAUAUAUGUGUGAGAGCUGCACAAAGAAGGGGAAGAAGAGUAGUAGUUGCCAAAAACACCUUGCACCAGGAGGGGGCUGUUGAUCCCGCACUGUGAGCUGUCAGUCCGCCCCUUGUGUGAAUGCAGUGUUCUACUUGAGAGUAAAAAAAAAUGUGUAAAUUCAGGGGUGUAUUUGUACAGAAUGUUGAUGUGUGAAUGCAAUGGUAUAUGUGUGUGUAUUGUCCGUGUGUAUGAAUAUAGAAGUAUAUUUGUGUUCUUUGUGGAGAGAAUGCAGGGGGUAAAAUUUCAUGUCCACCACAGGGCGCCAUACUUAGAGCACGAAUAUGAGAUCUGUCAAGAAAACAGAAACCUAGAAAAUCCUAAAAUUCUGCUCAUGGCUCUAAGUGAUUGUGUUGGGUAUAGCUGGUUUGUGUAAAUGUCUUUGUUUAUGCCCAUUGUAUUUAUGUACCUGCAUAUUUAAUGAUAAAGCAAUGUAAAUAUUCUAUCCACAGGUCUGAUCACCAGCAGUCAGUCUGCAGCAUAUGCAAUCAGUAAAUUUAUUAGUGGGGUCCUGUCCGAUCAACUGAGUGCUCGCUGGCUGUUUUCAAUUGGCUUAUGCUUAGUGGGUCUGGUCAAUGUGGCCUUCUCUUGGAGCUCCAGCGUGUCCAUUUUUGCCAUCCUUUGGUUUCUGAAUGGUUUAGCACAGGGGCUGGGUUGGCCUCCAUGUGGAAAAGUCCUGCGUAAGGUAAGCAGUGCUGUACAUGUGUGUAAGAAAUCAUUUGCAUCACACAAUAUAACCUGUAUUUUUACAGGAAGAAAUAAAUAAUUAUAUUAAAAUGCUCGAUUUUGGGUGGGUAGAAACAGCUGUGCAAGAUUUGUUGUGCUUGGUAACUCUAAUAAAAGCCUAACCUACAUGGUUGAAAUACGUGAGUUAAGCCACGGUAUUGAAUGCAGCUAGAGUAAGAGAUCUAGUACUAUACGAGGUAUGUUCGGAAGAAGUGUAAUUUGAUAACAUUUGAGGAAUGUAAUGUGAGCAGUGAAAUUGCACAGUAGAAGCAAGUUAAAGCCAGUGUCAGAAGUCACACAAGCUUACUUUGUGAAGCUGAGCAAUGUUAAAAAGUAUGAUGAAGGGAGCGAAGGCAGUAAAAUGCACACUCUGUGUUUUUGCUAAAAAGCAGCAUAAAAGCUCUUGAUGCGUUAAAGGAUUAUGAAUGUUAGUUAAUUAAUUGUAACAUUGACAGCCACUAGAGGUGCUUACAUAGAAAUAGCCAAGUGAAACUCUGCUUUUUCAAUCAGAUGAUCCAUAGAGCAUUUAGUCGCGCAUGCACACUAGCUUUCAAUACUUUUAAGUUGGAAAUUAUUGGAUUGGCUGUGAUCAUCAAAAAUGAGGUUGUCAUUUUUAAUUCAUUAUAAUAAAUUGAAGUUUUAAGUCCGGAGAACAGCCUUCCUCAUUGGAUUGUUUGUCUAUUGGAUCCUUGGUUUUGCGCCCGGCAGUGGUAUACCUUAAAUGUGAAUGCUGGGGAUAUAUAUAUAUAUCUCACUUUUUUCUAUGCCCCUAAGACAUAAGAAAUACAUUGUAUACCUUUUUCUGCACAUCUAGUGUCUAUAAUACUGAGAGCCAUUUGAGGCACUAAAAGUGUGUCCUUCAAAUAGUGUAGCUCAUCUUAUUGAUGCAAGGCAGCAUUUUGCUGCGGAUGCGCAUUAGCCGUCAAAUACUUUCCUAUGGGAAAACAUUGGAUUGGCUGAGAUAAUUAAUCCCUUAAUCUUCUCGAUGCCAAAGAGGCGUAGCUGCACACCUGAGAUAGAUAUACUAAGCUGCAAGGGAGGAAAAAAGAGAAGUAAAAUCAAAUUUUUCACCCUGGCAGCGUGGGCCCAGUAACCUAAACCGUAACUAUGGCAUUAUACAGUUAGGAAUACACUUUGUUUUCUUAACACUAUAGUUCCUUUAAAUACUGGACCGUUGGUGAUCGAUGAGGAAUUGCUUGAAAAUAUAAAUAAUCCUCUAUUUUUUUUACUUUUUUUUCCCCCUUUGUGUCUUUUAGUGGUUUGAGCCAUCCCAGUUUGGAACAUGGUGGGCAGUGCUUUCUACCAGCAUGAAUCUAGCAGGCAGUCUUGGUCCAAUCAUCGCCACCCUAAUAGCUGCCAGUUACAGUUGGCGCAGCACCCUGUCACUCUCGGGAUUUAUCUGUGUGGGAAUUUCUGUCCUCUGUCUCAUUCUCAUAAAGAAUGAGCCCGCAGAUGUGGGUUUGAAGAACAUUGAACCAGGAUCCAAGAAAGGGAAGAAGGGUGAGUAGUACAAUAAGUCGUCUUAAUAUUUUAAAUAUGUCAGUAAACCAUGUUAAUUUUAUAAAAUAGAUUUACCAAUUUGUGUAUUACAAAUCCACGUUGUGCCUAAAAGUGCAUAUAUUGUAUCUAAUUUUAUUUAUUUAUUUUUUAAAUAAAUCUUUUAUUAUUUUCAUUGAGUUAUCCCAGCCCUUCAAUUGAAUCUAGUAACCCAGAAGUUGUAUUGGCAUGCUUGCCAAAAGUUCCACUUAACACAGACUUUCAAAUAAACCGUUACAUUGAUUGUGUCUCGUAGAAUUACAUUGAUUUAUGGGGAAAAUGGGUAAAUGCGCUAUAGAUCGUUUUCUUAUUAGGGGAAUUACACACACACACACUUAUACGUAUACAAAUACUUAAACAUAUAUACUUGAUUUAAAAAACAAAACAAAAACAUUUAUUUUUAUUUUUUACAACAAACUUUGCACUUUUUUCUAUCUUUGUCUUGGGCAGGGCUGGAGUGGAACCUCACAUUUCGUGCACUGACUGCACAGGUACCAGCAUCACUGUACUGAUGCCGGGGCCGCAGGAUCCUCCUUAGAAAGUACUUCUUUCCCUACAGCCAUCACUAGUGACUUGCCUUUCUUCAGGCCUAGUUAAGAUACUAAGACAAAGUAGUCCCUAGUCUUAAUACAUAUUUAUUUUGACUGAAUUGGAAUUUCAGUGAAACUCAGUGAAGUACUCACAAUCUGUUUUUUGGGGGGUGACAGUGCCACUUUAAAUAGUCCGUGCUUUGCUCUAAAUAUCAUAAUGCCCAGUUUGUCCUGCUUUAUAAUACAUUUAUAUUAAGUUUUGAAGAUUGAUACAGGGUUGGUGUGUUUAUUCCUCUUUUCACAACUCUUUUUAGCCUAAAUGCAACUAUUUGUUUGCUAGUUUAUUAUGCUGUAUUGCGUUGUGAAUAAGCCCUUUAUCUUCUGAGAUCAUGGUGGUCAAGUUAUAAUGUGAUAUUUGAGUUCAUUUCCCGGAUCGUAGAUGGUGAGAAAUUGACAGAACUUAUGAAGCCAUCGUGUAUUCCUUUUCCAGUUUACCUUCAUUAGUUAAAUGAUACUAUGAGGAAUUACCUCAAUAAUUAAAUUAUUUACCUUAAUUCAAUAAGAUAUAACCUUGAGAUAACACAUUUUGCAUGGAUCUUUGUCAAUACUAUAUUCAACAAUGGCAGUUUUAUAAACCGACUCCAUUCAACCAAUACAAUGGUCUGUAACCAUGUACACCUAUUCCCAUCUAUUUCUGUUUCUUCUUAGGUUCCCCAUCUGCAGAUGAGACGACUCUGAAAGAGUUCCUGUUCUCGCCAUACCUUUGGCUGCUGUGUGCUGGGUACCUUGUAGUAUUUGGGGUGAAGACCUGCUGCACAGAUUGGGGACAGCUCUUCUUGAUUCAGGAUAAAGGACAAUCUGCACUAAUUGGUGAGGUCACCACAAAGCAUGUCUAAAGUGCAAAGCUUUUACACAUUGCUAAAGAUUAAUUAACAAAAUAAUACAACUAUAACACAGUUAAAUAACUAUGGCUAGCACCUGGAGUGUGUUCGAUACAGGGACUACCAACUUUUCCUCUUUUCUAAAAGCUAUACAAAGAGCUGGAAUCAGACUUUCUUCAAAAGUACCAUAAUGUUUGUGUGCUUGUCUUCCAUAUAUCCUACAUUCCUGUGUCUGAAACAGGCAGCUCCUACAUGAGUUCCCUGGAGCUUGGAGGUUUGGUGGGAAGUAUCGCUGCCGGCUUACUUUCUGAUCGGGCUGUAGCUAGAGUAAGUAUUGAUAUAUCAACAUUCCCUUUGUUAUGUGCUUGCUGACCUAAUCUCGCACACAUUCUCACUGUUUAUCAUCCAACUUCAUUUCCCCCUUUCCGCUGUCUUCCUCUUCACUCUCAUCUAUAUAUUUAUAUCUAAACAACGCAAAAAAAGUUGCAAUUUUAAGCUGCUUGCCAGAUCACUUAUUACUAUAUAAAAAAAAAACAAGCAAAUAAAAAAAGCUUAGAUUUCAUCAUCAGCUACAUAAACUGUAUAUGCACCCUUCAUGCAUAAACCUUAAAUAUACAAAAAUAAUUAAACAGUGGAGAUCUGUACAUCUAUUACAGUUAUGUACAUCUAACAACAGUGCCAAAAAUGCAAAACAAAGUGCAACAACAAUCUCAAACUUCAAUAGUGUAAACAAUUUCAAUAAUAAAAAGUUUCUGAUUGUUGUUGCCCUUUAUAAGUGUUCACAUUGUUUUGCUUUUUUUGGCACUGUAGUUAGAUCUACUUUUUUGGCCACUAGCGUCAUAUUCACUGUCCACUUCUUUCUAACUGUCACUCUCAAUACUUCACUCCAAUAGUACAUUCCUUGUCUAUACUUUCUGUGUAGCUCAGUCUAUUUUCUUAUAAAUGAUCCUUCAAACAUCUCAUUUCUCUACUGCUCUCCAUGAUUGUUUUUUUUCUUUAGAUUAACUGUCUUUCUCUCAUUCAUUAUUACUUUGAUCAUCCCUCUAGUCUAGUUCAUGUCAUGUUGUCCAGACCCAAAUUCCCCUUUUUUCUUCUAUUAGGAAUUUUAAAGCGCUUUCAAAUAUGAUUGCCCUCUAAAAUCUCUAUGGUCAUCCUGCCUAUCCCUGCAUCAUACACCUUCUGCCUCUCCACAAUGUCUUUUUCAUGUCUUCUGCCUCCUUUGUCUACAGUGAUCUGUAUCACUGAUUAGUUUUAUGCUCUUGGUCAACUCACAUGAUCACUGUUUUUGUUUUGUUUUUCCUCAUUCUUUUCAACACUCCAAAUAGAUAGGGUUGAAGAACUAUGGUAACCCUCGUCAUGGGCUUCUCCUUUCUAUGAUGGCUGGAAUGGCAGUUUCAUUAUAUCUAUUCCGGGUUACAGUCACACCAGGGUCAUCCAAGGUAAGUCCACAUGACUACUCCUUACAGGGAUUUUAUUGGAACAUGUGAUUGCUUUUGCUUAAUCUUAUUGACUGUGCAAUGAAACAAACUGUGGGAGACUUAUCAAAGUGUUAUGGUCACUGAAGUGUUGCUUAGUUGAGAAAGUGGUGUAAUCACAAAUGGAAUGAUGCACCUCUGGUUCUAUUCUAUAUUAUUUGAUAUAUCUUCUUCCCUUGUCUUUUAUCACAUACUUAUUUCUAUAAUGAACUAUUAUUUUAAUAUUCUGCUUAUUUACCUUUAUAUUGUCUGAUCUUUCUCCUUGUCUUCUCUCAGGUUGAAGGCAUCUGGUCUCUUGGUCUUCAACCUCUUGCUGAGAUGUCUGGUUUCACUGAACAAGAGGUCUCUGACUUUACUUCUUCUCUCAUACUGCUGUUUUCUGUCUUCACCUGUUAGAAUGCUCGAUAACUCAUUUAGCAUUAGUGAUAGAUCACCAAAAGUGAGAGAGGCAGAAUUUGAUGGGUGCAUGUCUGUUUUGAGCUGUGUAUGCAACUAUGUCUCAUUAGUGAUAGAUCACUCAUGUUUUAGUUUUCAUAUUGACAAAAUAAACCUAAAAUACUUUUUUUUUUUUUUUCUUUUUUUUUUUAACAUUAAUGGAACACUAUAGUGUCAGGAAUACAAACAUGUAUUCCUAACACUAUAGUGUUAAACUAACUAUAUAGAGCCCUGGCCCCCAUUAGCUCUCAUGGGAAAGGUGUUUAAAAUGAUGGGGUUUUUUCCACGCUGUGCUGAUCUCGCCGCAGCUUGCCCAUCCUGGCUCCGUCUCUAUGGCUGAGAUCAGCACUCUUGAUAAUGUCAGCCAAUCCAAUGCUUUCCCAUAAGAAAGCAGUAUGAUGUUUUUGCGUAUGCGUGGCAAUACGCUGCACUGUGCCAAUCAACAUCUCCUCGUUGAAUCAAUGCAUUUUUAUGGGUAAUGUUCAGCGCCUCCAUGCAGAGUAUGGAGAUGCAGAAUGUGCACAUUGUGCAGUACUUAACUAAGAAGCACCUCGAUGAGCCAUCUGAGUGGCUGCCACUGGAGGUGUUCCUAGGCAGCAAUGUAAACACAUUUACAGUGCUCUGUCUGCAGGAACAGGCUAUAGACAACAGAACCACUACAUUAAUCUGUAGCUGUUCUGGUGACAAUAGUGCCCCUUUAAGCUUCGGGUUUAAUUUCCUUCAUAUAUGUGGCUUGUUAAAGGACCACUAUAGUGCCAGGAAAACAUACUCGUUUUCCUUGCACUAUAGUGCCCUGAGGGUGCCCCCACCCUCAGGGUCCCCCUCCCACCCGGCUCUGGAAAGGGGAAAGGGGUUAAAACUUACCUUUUUCCAGCGCUGGGCGGGGAGCUCUCUGCCUCCGAUCCUCCUUCUCUCCUCCCCGUCGUAUGAAAAAAUGGGUUAACCCUAGCUUGACCUGACACCCAGACCACUUCAUUAAGCUGAAGUGGUCUGGGUGCCUAGAGUGGUCCUUUAAGCAUUGUUUUUUUUUUUUUUUAAAUAAACAAUUCAUCUAUGGCUUGGAGCUCUUUCACACAUUGCUGUUUUGCACAAAUCCUUCUGUUAUGCAUCAACAUGAAUUCAAAUGGACUCUGCGUUCAGAAGUGGCAAGGUUAUUCAUUAACCAAGAUCUGCUGAAUUCAGUUCAAAGUCUAUUGUGAGCUGAGUGCAAAUGAACUGUUUAGGGAUUGAUUCUGACAAAACUGACACCAAUAUAAAACACAUGUUAAAUAAUCAAAGCACUGCGUGAUUCCAUGUUUUGCUGACCUGUCACUACCGAGUUGUCACCAAAUGUAGGUAAGUUUACAUUCCCAACAUGGCUACUGAAACACCAGGUUUUGAUCAUAGAGUAAAAUGUUUGAAAGUCCUUACACCAAGCAUAAACCAAAUUAUCUUUGUUGUACUAUAAUAAAAAUACCUGUGACAUUGUUUUUAUUAAAAAGUUAAUUUCCGUAUAUUCCAGAAAAUGUUGUUUGAACUAAAACCAAAUUUGGGUCCAAAUCCCCCUAAAUUCAUCGUUUUCUAUCCAAGAAUAUUUCUCCAGAAGUAGACUUUUUGAUACUUGUAUAUAUGACGGAACUUCAACAGCAACAAAACCAACAGUAAUGGGUCUUUAAACUACAAAAAUAUGUUUUGAUUUUUUUCUAAAUUCAAUUUUCUGUUACAUCAUAUGUUAUCAGUAGGUCAUGAAUUCACCUAAAAUGUGCUGGUGUAAUUCUGCCACCUGAUCACCGACCGUUAUACUCACAGUGGUGCAGUAGACAUUGCUUACCUAGAUUUCAGUAAGGCUUUUGACACUGUUGCACAUAGAAGGCUUAUCAAUAAACUGCAAUCUUUAAGUUUAGAUUCCAAUAUUGUUGAAUAAGUAAGGCAUUGGCUAAAUGACAGGCAACAGAGGGUUGUAGUCAGUGGAGUAUAUUCGAAGCAUGGGCUUGUCACCAGUGGGGUACCUCAGGGAUCUGUACUUGGACCCAUUCUUUUUAAUAUUUUUAUUACUGAUAUUGUAGAAGGUCUUGAUGGUAAGGUAUGUCUUUUUGCUGAUGAUACGAAGAUAUGGAACAGGGUUGAUGUUCCAGGAGGGAUAAGCCAAAUGGCAAAUGAUUUAGGUAAACUAGAAAAAUGGUCAGAGUUGUGGCAACUGACAUUUAAUGUGGAUAAGUGCAAGAUAUUGCAUCAGGACGUAAAAACCCAAGGGCAGAGUACAGAAUAUUUGAUAGCGUCCAAACCUCAACAUCUGAGGAAAGGGAUUUAGGGGUGAUUAUUUCUGAUGACUUAAAGGUACGCAGACAAUGUAAUAGAGCAGCAGGAAAUGCUAGCAGAAUGCUUGGUUGUAUAGGGAGAGGUAUCCGCAGUAGAAAGAGGGAAGUUCUCAUGCCAUUGUACAGAACACUGGUGAGACCUCACUUGGAGUAUUGUACGCAGUACUGGAGACCAUAUUUCCAGAAGGAUAUUGAUACUUUAGAGAGAGUUCAGAGAAGGGCUUCUAAACUGGUUCAUGGAUUGCAGGAUAAUACUUACAAGGAAAGGUUAAAGGAACUUAACAUGUAUAGCUUGGAGGAAAGACGAGACAGGGGGGAUAUGAUAGAAACAUUUAAAUACAUAAAGGGAAUCAACACAGUAAAGGAGGAGACCAUAUUUAAAAGAAGAAAAACUACCACAACAAGAGGACAUAGUCUUAAAUUAGAGGGGCAAAUGUUUAAAAAUAAUAUCAGGAAGUAUUACUUUACUGAGAAGGUAGUGGAUGCAUGGAAUAUCCUUCCAGCUGAAUUGGUAGAGGUUAACACAGUAAAGGAGUUUAAGCAUGCGUGGGAUAGGCAUAAGGCUAUCCUAACUAUAACAUAAGGCCAGGGACUAAUGAAGGUAUUUAAAAAAUUGGGCAGACUAGAUGGGCCGAAUGGUUCUUAUCUGCCAUCACAUUCUAUGUUUCAGUAAUGAGAAUGUCCCACUUUCAUUGUUUCAGAAAUUAGCUGAAAUGCCUAUAUUAACAUUUUAUUGAAAGAUUUGCAGAACAUUUGUAAAUGGCAUGUCAAUUCAGUUUUAUAUGUUUUCAGUAUCUGUAAAACUCAGAUUUAUACAAAGUACCAGAUGUAGCAAAGGAAGUCUAUAAUGACCUCUAUUUUGCACAUCUAACCUACCGAACAAAAUGUGCAUCACAAUUCAUUAUUAAACUUUUCUGCUUUGUCAUUCCAGGUUUGGAUCCUGAUUCUAGGAGCAGUUUUUGGUUUCUGCUCAUAUGGGCCGAUUUCUUUAUUUGGCGUUAUAGCCAAUGAAAGUGCCCCUUCAAAUUUCUGUGGAACAUCUCAUGCUAUUGUAGCCCUUUCUGCCAACAGUAAGUGAAGUCUAAAUACCAGCAAGUAGCCUUCAAUGGUGUUCAUAAGAUACAUUGUGGAGAUUAUACUUUGAUUGUUGUAUAUACAAGAGUGUGACUUCUAGAGCUGAUAUGUCAAAUUGUUGUACAAAUAUUGAGAAAGCUUAGUUCGGAAUUAAUGUGCUUGUAUUGUUCCAGAACAUGUUUGCAUAGUGGAUUCAAUGCAGGUCAUCCCUGGAUCUAGACACACCCCUAUACUGCCACCUUUCACCCGCCAAGGCUUCCUUGAAAAGUUCUGCGGCACCAUUCUAAGAGUGAAUCAGUUAUCUGGGUCCUCUCCUGUCUUCCGCGCUCCCUCCAUAGCCGGCGGCAGUAUGAAAUUGCCUGUGUGCCGGUGAGGGAGAUCAUUGAUCUCCCUCACCGGCCCGUCAUGGAAUACUGCAGGGCUGGCGCUCGGAAAGAGGGGGCCCUGCAUGGACCGGCCUGGGAGGUCCUGUGAUCUCCCCUGCUGGCCUCGGCCCAUGCCCAUUGCACCCACGAGGCAUUUGCCCAGUGUGUCCAAUGGCCAGUCCGGGCCUGACCCUAAGUGCUGCCAUGGCUGGAAAAUAUAUAUUAUACAUUCUGGGAAGGAAAGAACUCAGGAAAACAUAUCCACAUAAACAACACAUUUAUUAAUCACAAAAUAAUUAUUGUGAUUAGUAAAUGUGUUGUUUAUUUGGAUAAGUUUUCCUGAGUGCUUUCCUUCACAGAAUGUAUAAUAUAUAUUUUCCAGAAUGUGUGGGCUGUAGAUUAAGCACAGAGGCUGAAGAAUUGGUUAAACUGCAAGUGCAGGGUCGAUAGACUUGUGUGUAUGUUUAUAGGAGUCUUUUGAAGCAUUUGUAUUACUGCCGUCAAUCCAAAAGGAGGCAAAAAACCUAAUUUUGAAACAAUUUUUUUUUCUACUUUUAUCACAAUUUGGGGGGGGGAAAUCAGAAUGGCAGCCAGAUAUCUCAUUUUAUUAACUAAAUAUUACCUCAUGUGCUAAUCUGUGUAUGCAAAAAAAAAAAAAAAAAUGCUUCUAGAAUUUUAAAAAUCUGUACAGAAUCUGGUAAAGCAACUUAGAGAACUGCACAUCUUUGUUGUUCUUAUAGUAAAGUACCUUCCUUUGCCAUAGGAGAAUUCCCUCUCUUGUUAUAUUAUUAAAUUGAUGACCAGAGAGCUGUUUAAACUGGCCAGGGCUGAACAAGGACAAAAGUUUGGCCUGGGCAUUUAAAGGCCAAACAGCACAAUUGGUGGGGAUCCAGUCUAGAGAGUGGGAGUGUCUUGCCAUCAGCAAUGACUAGCCCGGAAAGAUAGGUGUUGUGGAGAAACCUUGUGUGGCUUCCUCCCCCACAACUUCUAAUUAUUCACUGGCUGAUGUGUAAAAGAAUUUUAUUGCAUAAGCAUAUAGCAUCUCUUUUUGUAUACGAGCAAUUAAUGGAGGAUCUUUUCCAUCUAAACAGAUAAUUAUAAAUUGUUGUACUAUACACAGGUUUCAAAGUACAAAUUAGACCAAGCUAAUAACUCUUUAUCUGUUCUUUCUGCAGUUGGAGGUUUCCUAGCUGGACUUCCAUUCAGCACCAUUGCCAAAUACUAUGGUUGGGACACUGCCUUUUGGGCAGCGGAGAUCACAUGUGCAGUAGUCACUGUACUCUUUUUCCUUUUGAGGAACAUUAAGACAAAGAUGGGGCGUCUUCCCAAGAAAUCAGACUGAACUGUACUCGGUGAACCCGCCUCCUCUGUUAUCCUGCGAGAGGAACAUGAGAGGUCUGGAAAUCAGGGGGAGAGAGAUGUGGCGGGUUCAAUAAGAUUAACUUUUGUUUCGGUAAAAUGUUGCAGGAUUCCAAUUCUGCAAAUCGAAUGAUGUGGCCUUGUGUUCAUAUAAUCUUACAAAAACGUUUCCCGUAACCCAUCCUUAGUUGCCUUCCUAAUAAAGAAACUGUUAACAUCAAACUAAAAUUUAGGAAUAAUAGGAAACCAAUUAAGAUUUAAUUUUGAAUAAGGAUGGACUAUUUUAAUCUGCAUCGUUCUUUGGGAUAUAUGAAUGAUGUAGAAUAUGCCCCUUCAAAUGUUCUAUCAGGUUUAAUAACUAGCCUAAUCAUUUUUUUAGCCUCCAUCAAAGUUACAGAUGUCACAAACCAAGGGAAACAACUUGAUUUACAGCAAACAAAGAACCAAGUCUACUACCUGAUUUACCUGGUGUUUAGUUCAGGACACAGUUAAUCUAGGAAGAAGCUGAAUAACAAGCAAGCAUUGCACUAAGUCAGUCUGCAACUAAAACACAAUAACUGGAAGACAAAUCAAAGUCCCGUUUAUCCCACAAUGAAUUUUGUGAAGUUCUCCAUUUCAACGAAGGCAUAUUUUCCACUCUGAUGUAAAUCAUCUGUUUACAUUUAUUGAAUGAUUAAAUAUAUCUUGCAAACUGUUGUAGAAGAAAAUAGCACUUCAGUUAUGCAAACAUCAAUGUAAAUAUUGUCAGUAACGACGUAAUGCUUGAGACUUGCUGCUAAGGAAACUGUGACUGGAAGACUAAUCAGGAUGACAUACUUAGGCUGCCGAAUUUAAUACAUUUCUUUUUAUACUGAUUUUCAGCUACCUCUGUAAAAAAAAAUUUAAAAAAAUGAAAUGUCGAUAGAGUUCCAUAAGGUUUUCUUUAUUUUUUCUCCACCAAGAUUUCUCAUUUCCUCCAUUCUACAUUUGAAAUGCUAUAACAUCCUCAAGUACUGACCAUGGUGGUCUUGUUCUUACAGUUUCAAUGGAAAAUACAAGACACAAAAGUGCUAAUAGUACAAACUUUACUGUGAAGUGUUUGGGUGAGUUUUACCAUCCUCGCCAAUGUAUGUUAAGAAUUUAAAGAGGUGGAUUAAUUUCACACAGACUCGGCAGACUGUAACUUCUGUAACAUCAUAACCCUGUGCUAAAAUAAAGAGUAUUUUGAUCUCAUUGGUAGUAGGAAAUGUAUCACCCAAUGUGAACUGAAAUCCCUUAUUCGCCCCAGUGUAAGUAUAACAGGAAUAUUCGACCACAGGUAAGUUACAACUUUAAUAAUGUUAAAGGUACACUAUAAGCACCAGAACUUGUCAUGAUAGGGAUACCUACCAUCCUCGCCCUAAUAAUAGUGGAUGGCAAUAAAUUCAACUCCUGUGAGAAAAAAAAAAAUCAUACUUACCUUUAGAACUCUUCUUUCUUCUCAAAUUGUCUUUUCUAAAAAUUCAUGCUAAUUAUCAGCUUUGAGAUAUAUAUAGGUGGCUGGAGUCUGCUCCAUGGGAAUGUGAAAUAGAAAACAAAACUAUAUAGUGAACACUAUGUAAAAAGCAAAUGCUAGUAAAUAGGAUUGCUUAUAAAACCCAGAGCAAAAUAUGAUUUGCUCAAUCCACAGGGCUUGGUUGGUGUUUCCUCAGAAGGAAAUGGUAUCCAUAGGGCAAUGAAAGUCCAUAUUUUAAUAAAAAAACUAAACUAUAGUCUAUCUUUAAUGUAUGUGUGUGUGUGUAUAUAUAUAUAUAUAUAUAUAUGUAUGUAUAUAUAUAUAUAUAUACACACAUACAUACACACAAAUUAUCAAGAUGAGCGCACUCAAUGGAUUUCAAACGUCAUUAGUGUAUUCAAAUGUUGCCAAUAAGGAUCAACGUUCGACCUUGCGGUCUUUCUCAAUAUAUAUGAAACCAAGAGGGCUGCACACACCUGAACAUGCAUACAUUGUAGGGGGCUGCUGGGUCCAAUAUAUACAAAAUACACAAUCCAGCGCACUCACUUAUUCAUUAAACAAUGAUUUUAUAUCUCACAGUUUGUUAUAGUUUUAUUUAAAAACACCUCACCUACGCAAAAAAUAAUGGGGGUUUAGUUACAUUAUAUAAUCAUAUUACAUAAACCUGCCACAACGUCAAUGUACCCCAUUCUUGGCAGGUCCUACUCUAGCAGCCUAAUGCCUGCCCUUAUGAGAUUAAUCCUCAUUCCAGGAUCCUAUUUAGCCUUGACCUGCAGAGAGUCUCAGGAGAAAGUAGCUCCCAAGUAAGUGGAUUGAUCUCAUAAGGGCAGGCAUUAGGCUGCUAGAGUAGGACCGGCCAUGAAUGGGGUACAUUGACGUUGUGGUCGGCUUAUGCAAUGUAUGAUCAUAUAAUGUAACUAAUCCCCCAUUAUUUUUGCCUAGAUUAGGUGUUUUUAAAAAACUAAUAAAAUCUGUUGAAACAUUGAAGUUGCUGUUUAGUGGAUAGGUUAGUGUGCUGGAUCUUGUGUUUGUUUU